AUGGCCGUCGAGACGUUGGUAAGUAUCCAGAUAUAAUUAUAAUUUCCGGUUUAAUUUUAAGCACAAACAGUGCAACAUUCUGACGGACGGUUUCGACCCCCUUGUUCCCCGUCCGCGUUUUUGUACCGGCGGAUAUCGAAAACGACGAAAACUUUCGGAUAUCGCGCCGCAGUCGUUGGUAUCGAAAGCCGCCGCUACGCGCGGUUUUCACGAAUCACGAUACUAACGGUCUCGCGCGCGCGCGCUCCCUCUCGUUCGUGAUAACGCGCGCGCGACUGUCAUCCACGCCGGGGGAAUUCUUUUUCGAAAUGCGAGACGGGUCGGCGGACGGUUGUCGGAAUCCCGGCGGGGAGGGACGGUGCGCGCGCAAGAUUCCGCGUUUAUUGCAUCAUGUUUUCGUCACACCACCAAACUGGAACGCCUCAGUCACGGCGCCCACCCCUAUAUCCCCUCUCCACCCCUUCCUGCCAUCAUUUAGGGAGCUCGCACGUCCCCCGUCGGGGUCGGACCGCGAUGUAAAUAUAAUAGGUAUAAUCGUGGUAAUGAGUAACGACAUUUUCGAAUAUUCGCGUACCUGUCGAUGUUACAUUAUAAAUACGUCUGAAAUUAAUUACUUAAAUAAGCAUUUUUCUCUUUUUCCAUUUAAAUGUAAUUCGGGGCCGAGAGAGUUAAUGCGAUAUUAAAUUGCCAUCCAUCAUAAUCGGUUAAAUUGAUAAAUUCUUAAAUUGUUCGCGAUAUAAUACUGAAGUACAUAAAUUACCCACUGUUUUUAUUUAAUAUUUUUUUCGAUUGUAUCCACACUAUUUGUAGUGAUUAAGCCGAUUUAGUAUUUAUUUACUUACUGACGAGUAUGUAGCAACACGACUGCAUCGGAUUGCCCUGUCUUUUUAAUUUUUCUUUGCAAGUCUAAACUUCUUUUCGUGUAUAGUCACCAAGGUGAAAAAGGGUAUAGCGAACUAAGAAUUUAAUUUAAACUUAUGGACACGAGUUAUGUAUAUAGGGCAAGGCAUGGAAGUUUUGUGCCUUGCGCGUGAAUCGGUAACUUCAGGCACUGCAGUGUUAUUAUGAUUUCAUGACACAAUUCAUUGUGAACGUGUCCUACAGUAUGUACUUGCAAAAUUUUAAAAAUGUAUUAAUUAUUAUCAAAACCAUUCGGAGCAAAGUUGGGUACAAUAUGUUUUGAAAUACUGCCAUUUUUACGAUUUCCAUUAAAAUUCGAAAUUGAAACAUAUAUAUAUAUAUAUAAAUAAAUUAAAUUAAAUUAUAUCAAAACCAACAUGAAUUUAAACUAGAAGGUCAUCUAUUGAGAGGGCGGAAGUGAAUGGAGUCUCCCUUCUUACACAAUGUAAAAUUAUCAGUUUCGUUUAGUUAAGUUUCCGAAGUCCGCUUUAAUCAUUAUUACUGAUACAUUUUAAAAACUCAAAUUUGGCUAUUAAAAAUAAAUUCUUUAAUAUCUGUUUUAAUUUAUUUUUACUGGACACUGAGCAUGCAUAGGAGUAGGAUAAUAUUUAGGUAACAUUUUUAUGAACAAAUUUGUAUCUUCAUGAUGGGUUUCCUGAAAGUUUGCUUUGGUUUUAGUUAGUUCUCGGGAACACUACUCAAUUUUCGGUAAAUAUAAUUCCUUUUCGAAGUUUUGUCCGAUUUAACCACUGCAUUUAUUUACGGAAUUUGAUGCUAUUUAAAAUCAGUAGUGGGUGUAGUGGUUUAAGCCUCAAAAAUAUGGGUGACAAUAAAAACGGCAUGUAAUAUUCCAUCGAAGUCGGUCGUGUUUUAAUUUAGCUCAUUAACUUUAAUGUAUUGUAUAAAAUAUGUAUAAUUUGUCAUUAUACUCUAUUAAAUUUAAACGUAUAAUAAUCAAAAUCUACUAUACAAAUGCUUUACAAAUUUAUAUAUCUACUUAAGUUUAGAUGUUUUAAGUUAGGAAAACUUUAAAAAAAAAAAAAAUUCCGAUCAAAUGAUUAGUGUCUUAUUCAGAAUGAAUCAGUCAGUUAUAUACAUUCUGGGUUCGUGUGUAAGAUCAAUAAAAACAUUUUCGCUGGCAAUAACCCAAAGUAUACUAAUAUAAUAUUUAUAAUAAUAUGUACAAUGUUACUUUACAUACGCAGCUCACCUAACAAGUCUUACAUGUCACCAGUACAAUACUUAUUAGUUAUUACUUAUUACGUUAUAUUCAUAAUAAGAAACGAUAUAAAUGAAGGAAAACAAUUUUUUUUUAUUUUUGGCUGGUAAUAAACAAUUUACCAGUAGCGCAGUUACAGUUGAUAAAUAGCAUAAAAUACGAUUACCUAAUGUCAAAAACUUCUGUAUAUUGUGAUAAUCUAAGCAAUAAUUGCACUUUAGAGUAAAAAAUAUAAAUGUACAUUGUUGUUGUGCCAAAGUAUGUAGCAUUUAUUGCAUCUUUAUUCGAAACUAUCCAAAAGUAAUUUUCAAAAUAAACCUUACUAUGGUAGGCUAUGUAAUUAAGUAAAGCAAACAGAUUUUACUUGAAAAGUUCUUAUUUCAGAUUCUGAGCGAAGCGAGGAAUGUAUUGGUUUUACAACAAUGUUUAUUAUUAUUUUUUUUAAACUGUACAAAAAUUUUAUCAGAAAUCUCGCUUCGAUUUGUAAGCGUAGCACUUUUAUCGAAAGAAAAUUUGCCUGGGGUGGCCUUUAAUUGAUGUUAUUUUUUGAUUUUCCAAGUAGUUUUCAAAACAACUGGGAAAAAACGUAGGAAAAACGGGAUAAUUUACUAAAAUAAUGUUUAUUGUUUUUGAUUUGGUUUUUCUGUUGUAAUUCAGCUAAAAAAAUUCGUAGAGACUUGUAAUGUAGACGAAAACCUUAUAUUUGCCUUUUUUACUUACAUAUUAUGUAUGGUUAAAUAUUCAAAACACUUGAGCCAUUUUUGAGUUAUUCAUAGACAUUUAAAUUUUGUGAGUUUUUACGUAAUAUUUAUUCGGUAGGUACUCAAACAGUUAGAUCAAACAGAAACGAUUGAAAAUUUAACAGGAGGUCCAUUAUAAGUUUUACUUAGUGGUCAACAAAUAAAAUUGAGUUGAUUGUAUUUUUUAUAAAAAUUUUAGUAUCAAAUUUUUGUAAAUAUUAUGGCCUUUUAAAACAUGUACAACCAUGCUCCGCACAGAAUCGUUUUUCGUUAGCAAUGAUUAAUCGUUGCAUAAAAAAUCAUUAAAUUCCUCUCUGUAUUCUAACUUCCCAACUUCUCUCCUAAAACAAUGGCCCAUCGUACGAAGUACCUAUGUUCAUCUUAUUAAAAAUUAUUUUGCUUUAAAAUAACAAAAUCGUUUAUGAAUAUAUGAAAAAUAAAAAUAAAAGUUAGUGUUAAACGAUUUCAGUUAUACCUAAUUUCCAAACCAAAAAAAUUGGGCGGUAAGUCCUUUAUUUUUGUGAGAAUUGUUUUCUUACAAAAAAAUCACGUAAAUUUCAAAAAAUAAACAUUCCAUUACGAAGAACUUUAUAUUUAAAUAUGAUUAAAACUAAAAUUACAUAGUGACAGCCAUAAAAUCAUUCAAAUUGUCCUCUAAAGUCGGUAUAGUGUUCUAAAAAAAGCCAGUGGUUUGCAUAAGUUAAUUUAUGUUAUCGAGGUCUUUAAACAAACACGACAAAUGCACUCAUCAGGAAAAUUGUAUGAUCCUUGUUCACAAUAAGCCAGAUUGGUAUAAACUGUAUAUAAUCAAUAUAUAUCGAAUGGUAUUUAUGCCUGACUAUUACUUAUAAACCUAAAUACUCAUUUCCCCUUUUAUACCUAUAUAAUUUAAGAACAAAUAUAAGUACGUAUAUUGGGGCACCGGUAAACACACUUGUGUGUAUUCCGUACACCGAUUAUACGCUAUCUAAUUUUUAUUAUUAUUUUUAUUUUAUUGCUGUCUUAUAUUUCAACCGAUAAUAAGUCAUAUAAGUUUUAUUAUUCUUAAUUUUAUUCGAUAUUUUCCUCCUAUUACAUAUUUUUGAUAGAUUACUGUCACGACAUCGCGUAUAGUCUGCCAUUACCUUGAUUAUAACGGUGUGUAGGUGGUUUUAUCUUUUAAUUAACGUUUCAAACUAUUUAUUUAAAUAUUUUCGUACCGUUUGACAAAUUGCGAACGGGAAAAAAGUUUUACGAUAAAUUUAACAGUUUACUGUUAAACAAAAACAUCAUUAGUGUAUUUUUAAAUAAAAUAAAGUAAAAUGAAUUAAUUUUGAACGUAAAAAAAAAUGAAAAUUAAAACAGCGAAAAAUACUGCUGAUGAUUACAAAUUAAUUAAGAAAUAAAUUUUUUUUAAUUUAUCAACGAUAAAAAAAUUAAUAGUUCUAGUAACUGAUUAAGUAUCAUGUUUACAAUGAACUGCAAAUUCUUAUUGAAACCACGUGCCUGUAGGACACGGAGGUAGAAUCGUAGAAACUAUAUAGAUUAUGAAUUGAAUUUAAACUAUAAAAAUAUAACGAGAGCGAUUAUAAUGGUAUUUUUAAAUUCACGUGGCCAGUGUCAAAAAAAGUAGUACAAUAAAAAAAGGCUUAGUUUGAAAACCUAUACUUUUAUUAGAAUUGAAUUCUCGCUGUCAAGUUGAUUUGAUAGACAUGUAAGUCUAACCUGAUGGCAAUUACAAGUUCAUAUUAACCUAUGAAGUUAAUUUUACGAAAUUCAUGAUCUUAGACCGUUAACUUAUGAACGGGCUAAAAAAGUAGCCUAUUUAUUAAUUUUAAUUAUUAAUUUUUACAACAUUUGGAGCUUUGGCAAUUUUAAAUUUUAUAAAUCAAUAAUGGAAGGGAAUUCACAAAAAAAGUUAAUAUUGAGUUGUGUAAUAUGUGGGAAGAACCUAAGAUUGUUUACGGAAAGCCUAGGUACUUAUAUAGUCAAGGAUCAAUAAAAGGGCCAACCAAGGCAUACGAAAUAUAUUCGCAAAAUGAUUAGCCGAUAGUCAUUCUAGAAAUUAGAGCGAUGGUCUUAAGUUCGUUCAAUUUAUGAAGAAUUGAAGUUUUCACCACGGUAUAAAAGGUCCACCAAAUUUUCGUUUAUAUUUAUUAAAAAACCUAUUUGUUUUAUUUAUUUAUUAUACAGUACCCAAAUCUUAUUGAGCACUGUACAUAAUGCCUUGACAAUGUAAACUUAUUUCAACUUUGCCCUCGAAAAUUGGGCAAAUUCCCGACUCCAUACUUUGCCCGUAAUAUAUUAUAUAUACAUAUAAACAUUAGGCAUGUAUAAUUUUUAACAUAAUAAUUUAAAUCAAAUGUUUUCAUUAGUAAUUAAGGGGAUUGGUGACGAUGUAUAUUUUAAUCGCUUCGGACCUAAAAGCCAGAUAAAACUGUGGGAAUUAUGUUUGUCAGAUUUCAGUUUUUAAAAUUAUUUAUUUUACUGGAUAUUGAGAAAAAAACUGAUUGUAUUUUUAAAAAAUUUUCAAAACUAUACUUAAAUUAUUUUACGUUUUAAAAUAAAGAUAAUUACAAUUUAAAAAAGAAUUCCAACAUAUCUUAAUAAAGAAUCAUAAUACUGUUUCGAAAUUGAAAUCCAUCAAACGAAAUUUCUACAGUUUUGUCUGGUUUUUCGAUCUAAAACGUCAUAUUUGUUCGUAAAGACGGUCGUGCCCCUUUCCCUUAAAUGAGUAUCGGGCAAUAAAUUAGUGUUAUCUUUUAGAUGGUUAAAAUGAAAACAAAGUGUUCACGUUUUUCAGUGGAGAGAAUUUGGAAAUUCAUCACCAAUCCCCCUAAUUAGUUUUUAAUUAGACAUCUGUAUGUACGUUUACCUGCGUAUUAAUAAUAAUAUUAAUAACGCUGAAAAUGCGAUCCGGGUCUCAUUGUAACAGCAGUGGUCGCAUAAAUAAUUCUAUUAUAAUACUAUUAUAACCACGAACAAUUAAUAAUUGUUUAUAUACUUGUUAUUUAAAGUCAAACAAAUUAAAAAUGGCCUAAUCGAAACAGUUAUAAAAACAAAGCUCUGUAUUUUUAAACCAUGUAAUUAAAAGUACUUACCUGGUUUUUAUUUGAAAAAAAUUAUCAAAUAAUUCGAUUUUAUUCGCAUCAGGUACAAUAAAUUAGGCGGAACACAAUAAUUCACGUGUUUUACAUCGUGUGGCGGUUUUUCUUUUUUAAUACCACUCGUGGUUUACAAAUUAUCAAAUUGCAAAAAACUUCGAACAAUAUGAUAAUAUAUUAUUCAUCAUUCUAAAUAUUAUUAUUGUUAUUAUUAUUUUUUUUUUUUACGGUUCACAGACGAUAUUCACAUUAAUCGUAUAUUUUAUCAAAUUGUAUAUUGAAAUUAUUAAGUAGGUAGGUACCAAUUAAUUAUAUAAAUACGACGUUUGUAUUUCAGUGGAUUAAUUAGUUUAUCUGUAUGAUUCGAAUUAAUAACACGGUUUUUCUUUUUCAAAAUUAAAAAUCUAUGAUAAUUAUGAUGAUUAUACAAGAGAUCGCAGAGUACUAUUAUAUGCAGUAUAUAAAAUGGUGGGUAUUUAAAUCGUAUUAUUAUGAUUAUAUCUGAUUAUAUAAAUGAGUUUGAUUAAUUUAGAUAUUGUCAUUGUACAUUUGUACCGCAGUAUCUUAAUGUCAGGUAGAUACUUAAAUUUUAGUCAUUUUUUUUGUUUUAAAUUAUACUAUGUAUAAUUUAGAAGACACCAUGUAACAAAAUUAAUUAAAAUACUGCUCAAGCGCGAGUCGUGUGUUAGAGUUACACAUUUUAUAAAGUACACAUGUAAGCUGUCUUGUUAAAAAUACUUUUAAAAUAUAUUCAGAAUACUUAAGAAAAAAAAAUUUUUUUUUAUAAUAAAUACAAAUAUGCACGUGUGCAAUACGUGUACUAACCUAACGUGUUCAAGGUUAAGGGUUCAACACCCACUCAAAUUUUCAUAAAUUUACGAUGAAAGUAAAUUUUUAAUAGAGUUUCAAAAGUGGUUUCUUUCAAUGAGGUAGAUAAAUACAAUUUUGGUUUAAUUUUUAUUGUAUUACUAGAUAGUAAGUAUAUAUUGUUACUAUUGUUAUUACUAAUUUUUUGUGGUUUUCCUGCUUUUAGAAAAUUAUACUGAUACGGCGAUAUUGCAUAGUCCGCAUUAUCAUCACAAUAAUAUGAAUUACGUUAUUAUUUAGGUUAUAUUCACUAAAAAAAUAAUAAAUGUAUAAUUUAGUAAUAGGUCCCUAAAAGGCUAAAAUUCAAUGUUAUAAAAUAUUAACAUUUUUAAUAAAAAAUAAAUAAUCCUACAACUAAAAAUAUGUAAAUUCUUUUGCUAUGAGAGUAUGAAAAUGUAAAAUCUUAACAACCCCCCCCCCCCCGAAAUAUUUUAUUUCGUAAAAGUUCCUGUUUGUUAAAAAUAUUCAAAAUAUUUUUUAUUUUGCCUUGAAAGAAUUCUACAUUCAACAAAUUACAAAUACACAUCAUUUAAACUUAUUUAUCGUUAAUUAAUUUUAAUAGGUUUGCUCACAAAUUCUGAGAACCAUUAUAAAAUAUUAUUUUAGAAAUAAUUCAAAUUUAAAAUCAUAAAUUAUGAAACUAUUGUAAUAAAAACGGUAACAUGAACAAAAUUAGUUUAUAUUCUAAAUAAUAAAAAAGUAUUUAAAUACUUAACAGGGCGGCAUUUAGGUAUAAUAGACAAUUUGAUCAAAACGUAUGACCAUGAAUUUUCUCAAUUAUUAGGUUGUUACUAGGACCAAUGAACUAUCCUUACAAUUUACGGAGCACGGGGCAUAACUAUUAUAGCAGGGUCUACAAAAAAAAAAUUUGGUUGCUUUCCACACAAAAACAAUAUUUUAUUGCACUCCUGUAGGCCGUAACCUUUCUCAUUUUAAAAUGUAAACAUACGUAAAAUAUUUACACCUGUUACUUUUACCAGUACUUCACCUUACCUACUUUUAUAAUAUUAUAACCUGUUACCUUUAUUUUAUCCUUAGGUAAAUAAUAUGCUUUUUAUUGUGAUGAAAUGAACCAUUCCUAUCACUAGCAUAUUGACCAAUCGAACAGUUUACAUUAAUGAUUUUUAUCAGUUGUAUUCUAAAAUUUGUAAAUUUUAAAAUUAUUAUAUUUAAAAAACAAAUAAUCAGAUAACAAAAGAUAUAUCACAUUAUCAUGCAUACAAUUUAAUUGUAGACAUUUUCCUAUUCCUCAUAAUCAUUCUACGGAAACUGCUUGAUAAAAAUAAUGUAUAAAAAUUUGUUUAGUACACUAUACAGAGUGUAACAGGACUAGUCAUUUAUAUUAUCAUAGUGUAUACUGUAUAAUUAUUUUCAAAUAUAAAUCCAAACUACAUUUUGUAUUAUAUGUAAAUUGUUGUAUUUCAAGAAAACGUUCACCCCAAUUGAAAUAAGUUAAUUUGGUUUUAAGUAUUAUAUUCUUAGCAUUAUAUUUUUAUUAUAAAUGUAUACAACACUUUUUUGUUCUCAUUUGUAUCUAAAACGGGCACUCGGCGUUGUUAAAAUAAAUAAAUUAAACUUAGGAUUUUUCAAGUGCAUAAGCACGGUGACUAAACGAGGAUUUUAACGAAAAUUAUAAAAAUCACGGCUCUUAUUGUCUGCAGUUGUUAAAGUGGAUUUUAUUUUGUCGAUGUAAUUCAAUGAAAAGUAAUUGGAAAGGCUUGAAAUUAUCAUCAAAUACUCAUAUUAACAUUUUGUGACCCAUAUUAAGUGGUACAAUUUUGAAAAUAUUCUGACACUUUUUAAGAAAGUUUUGUCUUCAUAAAAUUGCAUAACAAUAUGAGACGACAAAACACGGAAAUAUUUGACGUAAUUUUAUUUUUAGUUACAAAUCAAUAUAAUUAUCAAAAAAAUAUUUAACCAAACUCCUCUCAGAAUCGUUUUUCGUUUGCAAUGUUUUUUUUUUGUACAGUUACCCUGGGUGACUUAGUUUAUUUAGGUUGGGCAAUAUAUAUUAUAUAUAGAAUAUAGAUACACUCUGUAUAUCAUCCUAUUUUAUCGACUUCUCACCUACCUACAACAAUACGCCCACGUUACGAAGAGACUGGCAUUUUUUCGUGGUUGAUAGUAAACGGCAAUGUUUUAUACUCUUGACUGAUUAAUUACAGGCAGAAAAAAAAACCCAUAGUCAAAUCAAUAGAUCCUUCGCUACGCAAAUUCUUAAAACGAACAUAAUAUUUCUAUUUUCACCACAUUCUUUUAUCAUAUGAUUAAAGAAUAUUAAAUUAUAAUUUGAUAUUAUCAUACAUUAGGUCCAUUAAUGUACUUAAGGGGAGUGGGAACUUUAGGCAGUGGCGCAUCUAGGAUUUUUAUGCCCCGCGCCGGAAAAAAACAAAUUUCCACCUCCCUUAAUUAACAUUGGUGCACCUAUAUAUUUAAACAUUUUAUAUAUUCUUCUUAACUUUUUAAAAACGCCUCCUAGAAUUAUUUUAAUUGUGUCUUCUGAAUCAAUGACCCUAUUCGCCAAAUUGCAGCUAAUUCUCCCCUCCCAAAUUAAGUCCUCGUCAAAUGAAUAAGUAUUAAGUAUACACAUUGUCGUAUAUCCAUCGGUAUUAUUUAUGUUGAAACUGUCGAAUCGGACGCAUCGCGUGAUAAUGAAAAAUUGCAGGUUAGGAAGUUUAUUGAUCGGUUUUGCGGAGCAAUAUAUAGAGGCUGGUUUGACUGUACAUUACAAUGUCGACGUAUUGCCGGCGAAGACUAUUGUGCAUUACAGACGAUUUGUUUGAUUGGACUCGAUCGAUUGCUGGCAAAUAAUUAACGUAUUACCGGCGCCUCGUGCAAGUGUACAACGACAACAUACUAUAAAUUAUAUUAUUUUAUCAUAAUGCACAUUGGUUGUCGACAAAUAAGCACACGAUGACGUGUACGUAGCGCCGUGUGACGUUUGGGAAAGUUUAUCGACUGAAGGGCAAAAUUAAUGAUCUAUAAAUAUGUUACACAAUGUCAAUUUAUUGCCAAUCUUUUAUGCCAAUCCAACGAUAUCCCCGGGGAAUUUUAUGUGAAUCUUAUUUCUAUUCCAAUCAUUAUUAUAAGUAUUAUUUUUACACUUAAAUUGUCACCAAAUUUUCCCUACGACCCUAAACGUCUAUUAACUUUUCAUUUUAAAAUGGGAACUCUCCCCUUUCAAUUUUCAACACAAAUUUCAAGGGAAAAAAUUUUUCUGAAAAUGACGACAGUUAUAUGCACAUUACACAACACUAUUUAUGAGUUAUAAUUUUGGUUAUAACAGUUUAGAAUAUUUGGAACGGAGUAAUAUAGGGAAAGAGUAGGUAUAUUGAAUUGAUUAUGAUAAAAAAAUCACUUUGUAUAAUAUACAUAUAUAUAUAUAUAUAUAUAUAUAUAUAUAUAUAAUUCACAAAUAUGUACGCAUAUUACACUCGAUUACGUAUAAAUUACUAGCAUGAAUUAAAACGAAUUCGCACGAAGUGAUUUCUGAUUCGCCCAACUGGUUGGCACAUGGCUCUACGUUUUUUUGAUAUUUGAAUUAUUCAUAAUUUUACAAAUAUCAAUCACAAUAGCUGCAGUUUAGUAAUUAUGCACCAAUACAUGCAGUGAUGAAACCUCUAUUUCACAAAACUCACAACGGUUAGGUAAACAUUUUUUUCAAGAUAGAUAACCACGAAAUUUUUCAUUCGAAAACGUAUAUAAUAAUUAAUUUGCUGACGUGAUAACGAAAUGAACUAUUAAAAAAAAAAAAAAAACGACCCGCCUAAUAGUUUUCUUAAUCGUAUAUUAUAUCGUAUCGUGUAUUAUUAUUAUUUUUACCGAUUAUAACAGUCGCACCUAUGCAUAUGAUUUUGUGCGAUGCGCGCUUGUUGUGAGUUUAUAGACGCGAAAGGGGGUGCGUUUUUCAAUUUAACGUAGGUAUUUUUUUUCCUAUACACAUACGUAUAUGUAUAUUACAGUCACCGUCUCUCAAUAUGAUAGUUCGUUCCACCGAUGUUCCACUGUUGUAUUUGAAUGGUGUCGCUUCAGAUUUUAUCGUAUAUGCACCUACGAGUAUAAUAAUAUAAUAUUACGUUCGAGAAUCCGUCAACUUGAAAAGUAUUAUAUAAUAUUUAUGCUGAAAAGACAGGCGGGCGCACACUUUACGCGUGUCCCGUGCGCGUAUAAAAUAUUAUGUCAUCGUGGUAUCAUAGACUGGACGGAUACACUUUAAUUUCGAAUUUAUUGUGAGUAUAUGGCUGUAUACAGCCAUACACUGCACUUAUUAUUAUCGAAUUAAUUAUUGUUUAUACAUACAUAUACACAAUAUGUUUUGUAUACACCGAGUGUAAUCGGACUACCUAUUUAACAAUCAUAAUACAUUUUUUUUUCUAUUGAAUAUUUUUAAGUUUUUUUUUUUUUUUUGUUAUUAAUUAGUAGAGCUCUACUCGAUUAUUGUUAUGUUUUAUUAAUUUACAACUAAAAAUAAAAAAAUUUCAAUUUCUAUUCAAAUUUUAAAUGCAAUUUUACAUUUUUCAUUUCGAAUUCCUAAACAUUAAAACUGAACUAAAAAAUAUUUAAAUUAUAUUGCUACAAUGAAAAAUAAUUUUAAAAUAAAACUUAAAAAUAUUCAAUAGUUAAAAUGUUAUUAUACAUUUGUUAAAUAGUUAAAUAAUCUCUGUAGCGUGCCACAUUAUUAUUAUUAUUAUCCUGAUGAGCAAUUUUUAUUUAGCGUGUUUUUUUCAAUAUAGUUGGUAUUUCUGUAUAUACUGCAUACAUUAUAAUAUUUAACGUUCGAGAACGAUUCAAAACACCGUGAAAACCCGCGUUUUCGACGAUUAUUCGUGAUUUGAUCACAUAUAGUCAUGGCAAUCCAGUGCUGGAUAGGCCCCAUUUGCACAAUUCCACCAAGUCCGUCUAUUCUGCGAUCAAUUGCAUUUUCCAUUUUCUCUAACUAUCGCCGACAGAUUGUUAUAACUUGUUGAAAAGUGUUUUAUCGGAAAAAGAAUUCGUCGGAAAGUAUUUGUUUUGGAAAUAAAUUUUACCAGACGACGUAUGAAAAGUUGCAGCAAUAAGCAACCACGAAAGUUAGACCUUUAUAUUUUUCAAUGAAAUACGGUUCCGAUAAAAUGCGUUUCGGACAAAAUAUUUUUCGACUCUUUAUAUCUCUUCUUCCAUUAUAUCCAACCUAUAUCGCGUCGCUGCCCGGUUGGCCGCUUUUUUUUCAGGUUUUCAACUAUAGGACUAUAAUAUUUCUAUGUGUAAGACUUCCAUUGCAGUUUGCCAAAUAUGUCCGUCCCAUUCCAAUCGUUUGGCCUUUAUUAGGAAGAUAUUGAUAUUUGGCUCGUUAUACUAUAUCUAGGUACGACCUUUAGUUCGGCGUUUUUCGCCUCUCGUGUUCCCCGUUUUCAGUUUGUACAAACAGGGCUGGUGUAUUUUUCACGAAACUUUUGUUUCGGAGACAAGUCAUUUUCUUUACCGUGGAAAUAUAAUACCAUACGGAUUGACCAUCAAAUAUUUCUUACAAUAUUUAAGCUGCUGAAGUUGGUUGCUAUAAAUAAUUGCAUAUGCAUUAAUAAUCGGUAUAACAAAACAAAACAAAUUAAAUAAUAUUAUUAUGUACACAUAAUAAAAUAUAAUUAUAUAUAUAAUAAUAUAAUGUAAAUGAGUAGAUACUCGUUUACAGAAACAUAAUAUCAGUAGCAGGUUUUCAACAUUUUUCUGGGAGGGGGUUCUGAAAAAUUAUGUGUCUUUUUUUUUGAACGAUAUUUUGUUGAAAUUAUAUCGGUGUUUAGGGGGUCCACACCCCCUGAAGCUCCCCUCCGUAAAUCCGCCACUGUAUAAUUUUAUUUAUUUUUGUUUAAUUUGUAUGCAGUUUUCGGUGUUGCAGUACUGCAGUAGUUACGUAUAAACUCGGAGCUGUGUAAUAUAAAUAUGAACAUAUUAUUGCACUCACACAACCAAAAUAAUAUCAUAGUACAUAUUCAUAAAAUACUGCUGAACAAACAAUAAAAUUAAAAUCAAUGAAUAAUGCUUAUAUGGCGAUUUUAAAUGUUUUUAAACUUCUAUAAUCUACACUGCUGUAGUAUUUUUAAAAUGUUCUUGAUAUAAAUAUCAAUGACGUCUAUUUAAAAAUAGAUUUUGAUUGUAAAAUUUGAAUUUAUAUUAUAGUACCUAAAAUGUCUUAAAAUAUGGUUGUCUACGUGAAACUUAAAUAUAGCGACUUUAAUAACACUCAUAGAGGAAACCAUAACCUAAAUUUUGUUUUAUUUUGAAAGUUGACUUUAAAAUUUUGAGGAUUCAACACUAUAAAACAAUAUGACAUAUAGGUAGAUACUUUAUUAUUGCAUAAGCAGUACUAAUUAUUUAGGAGUGUUUUUUAAUAAGUUUCUGAUAUUAUUUUAAAUUUAUUUUCUAAUUUUAUGCUGCGCAAUAUUGUUCAAAGCCUUUCAAAGUCUUUCGUCAAGCAAUGGUUUAUCGUUGCUUAUAGAUAUAAAUGAAAUAACAUUAUGUAACCUACCUUCCAAACUUCUCACUUACUACAGAGACCGCUCCCAUCCCCAUCACUCUUUUUUAAUUUUAAAGUAAAUAGCGGUUGAUCUAUAUCAAAUGAUAUACAGGAAUUCAGUAAAAUACUUUAACUAUUGAACUUUACUGUAUAUAGUAUAUUAUACAGUAAACUUUAAGUUUACUGUAUUUAUAAUAGUUUAUUUAUUUUUCUUAUUAUUAUUAUUGUAAAAAAAAAAAACGAUUAUACGUUCUUAUCUUUUAUUUAUUAUCGGAUUUAUAAUUGAUGUCAGCAUAUUGGUUUUCCCUCGUUUAUGCUUAUAGGAAUACAGACAGUUUUCAAUUAUUUAAAUAAUUUUUUUGUCGUCAUAUAAAUUAUAUAUGACACAUUUAUAGUUUUCAUAUUUAUAUUAUACAAAUUUAAAAACUACUGCGUGGAUAAGAGCGUCCGUAAAAAGUGUUCGCGGUCUACCAGUUGGUGGUGAUCCAUGCUAUAUACCUGUAUAUUGGCUAUACUACUUGGCACUUUAAAAGUCUUACCCGUGGUUUUUUUUUUUUAACAAAUUGUUAAUAAUAAAUUAUUAAUAGGUAUAUAUGUGUUACCCGAAAUCCGUCAAAACUAGUUUAAUUAAGAUCUUCACUGGUAAAAUCAGAUUUAACUUAUUUUUGUUUAGUUAGAACUAGUUUUUUCUGAAAUAUAUUUGUGAAAACUAGAAUUAUCCGUUAUGAAAAUCCGUAAUUUUUAUUUUGAUAGUUUAAACUAGUUGCGCGAGACAAACACACACGUAGGUACAAGGACUUCAACGAAGACUAACGAACUGGGCAAAACUGAAAAAACGGGGACAAAAUUUACAGCGGCCGAAUUAUUAUCUAUUAGGUAUAAUCAGUCGAAGUUAUCAUAUCUAAAAGUUAUUUGAUGGACGACUGGUUAAAGUUAUCUUAUUUGAUUUGAUAGCCGGCCAGUCGAAUUUAUGGAGCAAUAUGUAUAGAUCGUGCGUGUUUUAGAUAGUGCAGGUUGGAAUACAUGAGUUUCAGUAAAAACUAGUUUUCACUGAUUUAUUUAAAUCUUUAGUUAAUUCUAGAUUUAAUUAGUCAAAACUAGAAUUGACUAAAGGGAUUUGUGGAAACUAGUUUUGACAGAUUUCGGGUAUUAAUUGUAAUAUAUACAAUUAACAAGGCUUAUAACAGAUAAUUUAAUCAAUUUAAAUAUGUGUAUAAAUACGCAGGUCACUUUUUUACUCAAAAUAUUCUUUACAGGAAAAAUAAUUUCAUUAUUUAAGUUUGAAGUAUGGAUAGAUUAUUUGGGAAUUAUGUAUCAAAAUAUGAUAGCAUAGUAAAUAUUGUCAUUUUUAAUUUUGUGAAAAUCUAUUGAAUCAUUUGAAUCCUGAAUAUACUAUUGGAAGUACGAAAACACAGUUUGUUAUAUUGCUCGUUAGACAGACAGAAACGAAAAAAUAUAACUGUGACACUCUCUCAAAAUAUUCGUAUAUUAUUGCAACUUGAUUUAAUAAUUAAAACAAUAAUUCAUUUUUAAUAUAUUUUAUAAUUAUUAUAUAGUUCAUCUGUUACACAAAUGUCAAAAAUGUUGAUUCUUAUAUUGUUUCCGAGUGUAUAACAGGUAUAUACUAUAUUAUAGUACCUCUGUGUGUGCAAUGCCACGGCGUAUGUUGUGAGUAUGUUGAAUCGAUGACAGUGGAGGGGAGAGGAGAGAAAUAAUUAACGAAAGGCGAAAGUAGGAUAUACAGAGUGUCUCACGAAGAUAUACCUAUUGUAUUAUCUUCGGGGAUAAUAAAGAUAAUCAAAUUCUGUGUUUUUGUAUAUUACUCACAGAAAUAAGGACUACAAAUAUUUAUAUUGUAAUUAAUUUGUUAUGCUAUUAAAGUUCAGAUAAAAGCACCUAUAAUAUUAUGCAGCAGGCUGUAAUCGAAUUCUCUAAUUGAUUAUUAUCAUUACGAUAAAUUGACUUCACACUUAUUUUCUGUGAACUUUAAAAAAUUAUUAAAAAUCGUGAAUUUAAUGAAAAUAAAAAGUUGAUACAUCAACAUUUUCAAAAAAAAAUUUCUGUUAAAUGGCUAUCUUCACAUUUUAAAAAAAUAAUAAAAUAAGUAAUUUUUUAAAUUUUUUACCGAAACAUAAAAAAAAUGAAUUGCAACAUAAAUAUUUGUAGUCCUUAUCCCAGUGAGUAAUAUAAAAAAAAAACCAGAAUAUUAUUAUUUUUAUUAUCUCCGGAGACAUUACUAUGGGUAUAUCUUCGUGGGACACCCUGUAUUAUUACAUUGUAACGGUUAUAUUGGUUUUUAUUUUAUGUGUGUAUAUCUAUAUAUAUAUAUAUAUAUAAUAAGGAUACAGGCUGAUGUCUCGCGGUGAUCGAUAAUUAUCAUUAUUAUAGUAGGGAUAUUCUCUAGUGGGGAUCCACCGUAUUUGUAUACUCGACAGAGAAGAGAUGCUCGUAAAUUUCAAUCGGAUUAGACUGGACGUGUAACACUAUUAUAAUAUAGUAGCACCGUGUAUCGAGAACUGUCAACACGCGGACACCGCUGCGGUCUUCUCUUGCCGAUUCCAUUGCACACUCCGGGUCGAAAUACAAUAAAAACGUCUUCUCCAGGUGACAUAAUAAUAAUAAUAAUAUCGAAUAUAAGUAUCCAAAAAUCUUGAUAAUAAUACCUAUAGCUACGUGGUGUCAUAGGUACACGUGUGUAGUGCAGUUAUAACCGCACGAAUGCUGUAAAAUGCAUCAUGCACUGAUUUUUUUUAUUUUCGCCCCAGUUUCAAUACGUACCAUGAGAAACGGUGUGUAAAUUACCCGUGUACCAUUUCAUUUGGCAAAAUAUCAGUCAAAUAAUAUAUGAGUAUAAUAAUAUAUAUUUUUAUUUUCUUACGUUUUUCUGGAUUCGUCUUGUUUUAUUUUUUCACUAGACUGUAUACCAGAUGUGACGACAUUUAUUCGGUCUAUGUUUCAUUUGUUAUUAUUGUUUCAAUAAUCGAUUUUUAUUCUUGUUAUCCUAUUUAUAUAUAUACGAUUUGAAGUUUUCUCGAGGGAUGAAAGAAAUGCGUAUCGAUUUAUUUUUAUUCGUAAACAUUUUGAUUCGGAUACAUAAAGAAGGAAUGUACUCUAAAAGUUUUAUCUAUACUUAUAUGAUUCUCUGUUGAAGACGGAAAAUCGUUCGAGUUUCCGAGUUUCCAAACGGUUUACCUAAUAAAAAUAAAAUAAUAAAAACAAAAAAAAAUUUCAACAAAAACAUAUUGAAUAAUAUGUGUAAAGAAACACGAUUUAAAAUAAUUAUGAAUUAUGAAACCGUUGUUAAAUAAGUAUUGAAUUCGCAAUGAAAUCCAUUUUGGAAACUUUUUAAAGUUUUUUUUUUUUUAAUUCUACUUAAGACUUUAAACUAUGAUGCAAAAUUAAUAACUAAUAACUAUAAAAUCGUUGACUUACAUUUUUUAAAUUGAAAGUAUUAAAACAUUGAUAUAAAAAUCGUCUUCUUCUCCUUCGUCUUCAUCCCAACUAUUAAGAGUCAGCCACCCCGAUUGAACCGACUUCCCACAUCGUCCUCACAUACACCCACCGUCCUCAUACCGUUAUUAAUCGCAUCCAACCCCUUCUUUUUCGGUCUUCCUCUCCCCCUCUUUUCUCCUACGUUUAUUUUCAUUACAAUUCUCCCUGUCUCUGAUUCCUCUCUCCUCACGUCAUGUUCAAAUCAUCUCAGUCUAUUUUCUCUCAUUGAUAUAAAAAUAAUCUUUUUAAAUAUCUGACCAAUAUUAUGAUAAUAAUAUUAUAAUAUUAGUAUGACAUUUUAGAUUCUGGAGGAAGGAAUGUAUUGAUUUUACAAUGAUGUAAUUUUUUUUUUAUCUAUGAACAAAUUUUCUGUCAGAAAUUUUACUGCAAUUUUGAAGUGUAGCACUUUUUUUGAAUGAAAAUCUGGCUGGGAUGGUACUCUAAAGAGAUCAUUUUUGAUUUUUCCAUGGGUUUCAUAAUAAAUGGGAAAAGUCGGAAAAAUUUAGGAAAAACGGGAAAAUUUACGAAAUGUAUUAUUUUUAAAUCGUAGACAUUACGACCUUUUAAAAUAUGUAUAACUGACUCAGCUCAAAAUCAUUUUUAAUUAGCAAAUAAUAAACGUCGUGUACAGAUAUACAUUAAAUUCCCCUCUGUAUCCUAUUUUCCCAACUUCUCACCUACAACUGUGGCCCACCCAUCGUGUGAAGUAUGAGUAUCUUUUUCCGGUUUCUUUAAGUAAGUAGAAUUUAUAUAUUUGAGUAUUAUAGGAUAUUAAAUUUUAAUACCUAUAUGAUAAUUAUUAUAAUUUCGCAUUUUGAACUAAAAAAAAAUUAAUUUUUACCAAGGUCAGGUUAUUCGAAUUACGGUAUUCUUAGUUCUCGUGUGAAACCGACGAAUAUAGAGAAGUUCCCCUCAAUCCCCGAAAAAGCGUCCAGAACUUCAAAAUCGUUAAAUGAAUUAUAAAUACGUAUAAUUAUUAUUCGAACGUGUUCAUAUGAAAUUACAACACUUAGUCGUUCGUUGAUAUUACGAUAAUUGUGCGAAUAAUUACAGAAUUAUUAUAAGUUAUUGGAGAUAAGAAUAUCUACGCAAAAUAAACUUAAGAGGUCCAUCAAACGUACUGGCUAUUAUGCAAUUAUAUACUCCAUAAUAAUCAAACGGAUUUGUACUUGGAAUGAUAAUAGUAUGAUAUUAUUAAAUUAAUAAUGUAAUUAAUUGAUUAAAAAAAAAAAAAAAAAUAGGUAAGUGUUCAGAAUUAAAUAAUCUUAAUAUUAAAAAUAAAUAAAUACCUAUUAUUUAAUUUACGAGACUAUUUCACGUUAUUAAAAUUGUUUCGGUUUUUUUUUUCAUUUAGAUAUAUCUCGUAUUGUCGACUUAUAAACAUCCACACGACAAUUAUUGUUUCGAAAGAAAACUCUCCAAAAAUAUACUAUUAAUGUGCGGUGAAUUAUGAAUGAGCUUGUUGAAUAAAUAUAAUAAUAACACAAAAACUAAAAACAUAAAUCAUAAAACAUUAAGUUCUUUAAAUUUUUACAAACGCAGAAUUUAAAUUAUUUUAUUUUAUCAUUUUGUGUCUUUCGUUAAUUGUAUGUAAUUAAAAGAACAUUAGAAAAUUAGACAAUUUUUGCGAUAACUGCGAUUAUUGAAAUAGUUUAUACUACAAUUUGAUUAAAUAACUAUAUAAGUGUUUACCGUGUUGGUAAAUUAUUAUGAAUUUACGAUCACUAACUGCUAUUAUUUUAAAGUGGACAAGUUUUUGACAGUUUCCCGAUUAAGUCUCUUAUCAACAUUAUUGUCCGUAUUCUUUUUGGGCGACUAAUCGCAGUGUUAUAAUUGUUAUCAAUGGUCGUGACUUUGUAUCGUAAGUGUAAUAUUAUAUUAUCCAAAUUUUUGAAAUGUGACAAUACAAACAUUAUUAAUGAACGCUAUAUUGACAUAUUAUUAUUGAUAUAUUGCUAUAUUGGCACGUUAAAUAUUAUAAUUUCAUAAUAUAUUCAAACAUUUUCAAUUCGUGCGUAGAAUUACUGCAGUAUUCAUACAGUGAGUUCCGUAAAUAUUCGAAUAGAUAAAAAUUUCGGCGGGGAGAUCAAAAUGAUGUUCAAUAACUUAUAUGCCAAAGUACACUCGUAAAUUUGUAACUCGAAGUAGAAAUAUUGUUCUAUUUUUGAAAACAUUUCAGAGGUCCGGCCUCCCCCCCCCCCAGUUAUAGCCUUAUACAUGUAUGAUAUAAUUAUUGUAUUAUAAUUUUAAUUUUUAUAGCAAUUUUAUCGAAAAUCGAAACAGAUACUGAAUAUGUAUUAGUAUUACUGAAAAAAAAACCUUUCCAAUGUAUGAUCUUGUAGGUAAUGAAUUACUAUUACAAGUCACACCGUGAUUUUAUCUAAUCAAUAACAUAGAUUAUACAAAUUUCUUUAUUAUCGCGAAUCGGCCUAAUAGCAGUAGAGAUUAUCACUUAAAACCUUUAUAUUUUGGAAGCUUUUACUCUGUUGUCACUUAAAACUAUCGAUGUAACGAAAUUCGCGCGGAAAUUUUAACUUAAGACCACUACUAUCCUCCCGCCCAAAACUUAAAAGUGGAAUAGCUCAUUAACGGGUUGACGGAAAUCAAAAAUAUCAUCCCCAAAAAUAAGGGGUAUGAACAAAAUGAUAACGUAACAUUUUAGAACUAUUUGAUUCUUAUGAUUUUAAAAAAAAAAAAUGUCGAAAAAAGUUAAUACUUUCCGAGAUAAUUAGUGUUUCCGGUUAAAUGAAUCACCUUGUAAAGAACCAUUACAAUAAUAAUAAGUCAAAUUAGGUACUUUGGUGCAUCAUUUUUUCCUUAAUCAUAGAACAAUUUGUUAUACAUUUUUCGGUUUGACCAAACCGAUUUUAGUUGAAGUGCCUACUUAUAUAAUAAUAUACGAAUUCUACCACGUGUAUCGAAAAAUAAAUAGUUCUAAUAUUUCGUUCAAAGCUAUUACAUGUUGCAUAUAAUACGUUUCUUAUAUGCAUUUAAUUUAUGUAAUAUAUUUUGCAUCACAUUGCACUAAUGCGCUACCUGUAUUAUACACCAUGUGUAUUAAUAUUUAUACAAUAAUAUAAUGCUAAUACAUUUUAUAGAUUUACAUUAAUAUUUAAUAUUACAAUAGAUUAUCUAUGCGAAUUCCAUUGAAGUUUUAGUUGUUAGGUAUUAGGUAGGUAGGUAGGUAGGGUAACCUAUAGUAUAUUAAUAAGAAGGUUGGUAUACCAUUUUUUUUAAAAUUUAUUCAAAUUAAAUUGAAAACAAAAAUAUUACAUAAUAUUAUACUUUUAAUAAUGCGCUGCACACUUAUAAUAAUAAUUAUCAUUUCAAAUAUAAAUAAUUUACAAUAUAAUAAUCAUCAAUAUGUAUUAUUUAUAACAAUAUGUUGUAUAGAAUACUUUAGAGUUUAGAUAUAAAAGUAUAAUCACAUAUUAUUGCACAUUGCUAUCUACGAAAAUAAUAUUUGAGUGCAUCGUAUUUUUUUAAAUAAUAAGAUAAUAAGAAUCAAUUCACAAUACAAAUCAAUUAAUAUAAAUACAAAUUUUAAAAAAAUAAAUAUAUUUGUUAGCGUAUAUAAAAUUCAUUAAAACUAUGACCACGGAGAGUUUGAUAAGUUUCAAAACGGACCUUCAUUGAAAUUAAUUGGAGACCCCUGCACUAUGCAGAUGAAUUGACUUAACACUUUUAUCCAUGUACAACCUGAGCAAUUUGGAAGUGUAAUUAUUUAGUUAUUCAUUUAAUAUUAAAAUUUAUUUAAGUUGCUAGGGAGUUGGCCACUCGUAAAUGUUUUCCGAAAUCUGGUAACGGAAUCUUUGGGAAAGUAGGGCUUCAGACUUUUCAAAUUAUUUUUUUCUUUAAUUCCCUGUGGGGGGAAACUUUUGAGUGUGCAGCUGCUUCUUGAGUAGUUUGGUUGGCUAAAUAUUUUGUGUUAUUUUUUUUAGAAUUUACGAAUUUUGAUUUUAAAAUCAAACAAAUUUAAUAAUAUUUUUGACAACACAAAUUCAAAAAUAGAUCGUUUUAAAAUAACAUAAAUAAAUAAUGGAAUGAAAAAUUGUUUGCUGAUAAUGAUAAGAUCUGAACAAAAACCUAUAUUAUUGUGUAUGCAAAAACCUAUAAAAUAACUCUGUUCGAAAAUCUCGUGAUCACAGUAAUUUAUUAAGAUAUUUAGGUGUUGAUAUUUCCAUAACGAUUUGAUGGACUAAUCUAAUUUUUGCACUAAAUAUGUAUUCAAGGUAGAUAAAUACAAAUCCGAUAAAAACUCAAUUUUGCCAGAAAUUGGCUAUGAGCCCUUUCUGUAAUAUAUUAUAUAUGUAAUGAUAUAAAAUACUAUAUUCAAUAAUACUUAUAAUAGUACUACUAAUAAUAAAUUUGAUUACUAUAAAGAAUUUAUGUAAAUUGCACUACAAAUUACAAAAAAAAUGUUGGAGGGUGGGGGUAUGUGUCCAGGAAUUCAAGCGAAUUUCUUCCCAUGCGUCUGGUAAAUUAUACGUAUACACUACACAAGUUUAUUGAACUUUAAAAAAUCUUUCAAACAAUAGGUACUUAAUUAACUACUAUGAAAAUAAAUAUUUUGUUUUAGUUUUCCAUGAUUUUGUACGUGUCGUAUCCAUACUUAUAUAAUAUUACGUAUACAGGCAGUAAAAUGAUAAAUUCCAGGUAAGUAGAAAAAGGAGUAAAUACGUAGGUAUUAUUUGAAUUAAUAAGUAAAUGUUAUACAUAAUAUAGUCCUUCAUGAUUCAGGAAUUUCCGAAAAAAAAUUUCAAAUUACGAAUCUUGCAUUUAAAAGGAUAAAAAUACAAAUUUUGGAUUUUACAAUUUUCGAAUUUCAAAUUUAAUCAUGAGUUUUUCUUUUUCGUUUUUAAAUAUUUGUUUUUUUGUUUAGAGUAAAUACAUAUUUUAUAAUUAUUAUUAGUUUUUGAAUUUUAUAUUUUAUUUAUUCAAUACAGUUUGUUAUUUUAUAGCAUAAGACUAUAAAAAUGCAAAAUAUCCGGAUUUUUCUCAUCACUGAUUUAAAUUGCCAUAUUAAUCCACAUUUAUAAUUUAAAGUAGCGACGAACGAACAAUUUCGGGGAGGGAGAACCGCAAAAGAUAUCCUGUUUAGCCCUAGAACUUUUAUUAGUCAAUUUAUUACUUAAAACUAAAGUACAAAUGAAUGGGUCAUUUAUGAAACCUAAACCCCCUCCCACCUGUGUCCAAAGUGAUUGUAUGUAUUAUUUUGUCUAUUUUAUGUGGUUCUAUGUGGAAGUGUAGGGUUUUUACCCCGUAUGAUGCAUAAAAUUAUUUAAAUUACCUACCUAUUUUGUAUUUGUAAUUUAUUAGUUAAUUAUGGUUAUCUACGUAGUUAUUAUUUAUUGUUAAUAUACCCAUUCUAGGUUAGGGUACCUUACAUUUGUUUGUGCCUUUGAAUCGAUAUCGUUUUAAUAUUUAAUAUUUGUAGAUGUUUCAAAGUUAUUUUUUGAGUCUUAUAAUAAUUUAUUAUAACGGUUUUUACAUAUAAAUAUAUAUACGAUACAAAACUGAAGGUCAGUGGGUAAUAGGUAUAAUUUGUUUAUAUCUUGUCGUGUUGUAAUUAAUGUUUAAAAUUUAAACUACCUAUAUUUUUUUGUGUAUAAUAUUUUAUUCAGACCACGAUUUCGAAAAAAUAUAAUUAAAAAAAAAAAGACAAUUUCAUUCGCGUUAGGUGGUUUACUUUUAUUCAAAAAAUUUCGUUCACGUUUUAUGACAAAAAUUAUCACAUGACCGUUAAUCAUUUGUAUUCUUUGCAUUGAUUUUAUGCUUUGCUGUGGUGAGUUUUUUUGGUGGAGCGAAGAAACUUAUGGUUUUACAAAGAUGUUUAUUAUUUAUUUUUUUUUAUCUACAAUUUUUUUACCAGAGGACUUGCUUCGAUUUUUACGUUUAGCAAUUUUUCUAAAUGGAAAUCGGUGUGGGAAGGUAUCUUAGACAAGCCGUUUUUCCAUUUUCCCCGGAGUUUUUUCAAAAAAUGUGAAAAACCGAAAAAAACGGGAAAAUGUACGAAAUAUAUUAGUGUAAUAUUACAAAGUUUUUUUUCUCUUUUCUCUGGACAACUUUUCUACCAUCAAUUUUGCUACAGCUUUUAAUGAUAGUAAUGUUUCUGAAAGUAAAUUUCACUGGGGAGGUACUUUAAAGAAGUCAUUUUUCCAUUUUCUUCGGAGUUUUCUCAGCAAAUGUAAAAAACUGGGAAAACCGGAAAAAUCGACACAACAUUAAUCAAAUAUUAUUACAAAAUUUUAAAUUUGACUAUAAUUUUUUUUAAAAAAUUAAAAAUAGCCAUUUUGUAAAAUAGACUUUUAGAAAAUUUUUGGUUGUUAAAACUUUUAUUAAAGUAUGGUCUUUUAUUUUCUAUGAUUUUUUGCAAUUUUGAAUAUUACCUAUUGUGGUUAUUCAGUUAUCAGUUAUAAGUCAUGAUUUUCUUUUCCGUGAGUUAAAAUCAUGCAAUAAUAUUAUCAUAUUAUAGUUAUGAGGUAAUUUCAAUCAAUCAAUAAUGAUAAUUUAUAUUGAUAAACAAUAUUGUUAUGAUUGAAAAGAAAAUUAUUCAAAUUUUUAAAAAUCGUAGAAAAUAAUAGACCAUACUUUAACAAAAGUUUCAACUACCAAAAUUGUUUAAAAAUCUAUUUUUCAAAAUGGCUAUUUUGAAUUUUUUUAAAAAAAUUAUAGUCAAAUUUUAAAUUUUUUAUUUUAAGUCCCCCUCCCCCUAAAAAAUAUUCAUAUGUAUAUAUAUAUAUACUGCAGCGCUGAGGCAUUCUAAUUAUUUAAAAAAAAAAUGAUAUCAAAAUUAUUGAAUAGAACAAAAAUUAUUAAAUUUGUCGAAUCCUCGUGGGACACUCUGUAUAUUGUUGACAAAGUAUCACUAUCUACUGAACUCCGCUCAGAAUCGUUUUUUCAUAAACAAUGGUUUAUAUCGUUGCUUCAAAUUACCUAUGACAGUGGCUGCACCCGCCUCCAUUAUUCUAGGACGUCUUUCUUUUUCUGUAUACUGUGUAUACAUAUAUCGUUAUAGUUAAUUAAUUUUUAUCUUAAUUCGUAUAUUCAUAUUUGAUAUAUUCUCGCUGUACUGGUAAUAUAAUCGGUAGCUGAAGGGGUAUUUAAAGAUGCGAGUUCGACCUAAGUCGAAACGUAAUUGGUUUUGAUAGCUCUUUUGGUUUAAACCCGAUACUGUUCAAAAGAAGUUAGUGUCCUAAUAAAUAUAAACCUAGGCCCUUAUCGAUGAAAAGUCAUCAUGAGUUUCAUAUUUACAUACAACUUGGGCUAAACUCAGAUAGGGUCUGUAAACACGUGUAUCAAACUCCCGUGUCGGGAAUCAUUGGCUUGCAAAAUACAGACUGAUGAAAAACUGUAAUCUCGUUACGCCGAAAAUUGUCUAUACGUUUUUCAGAGGAAUGAGCACUUAAACUACUGACUUUCGGGCAUUUUGUUUUGUAUAAUUCGGUUUUGUGCCUUUCGUAUGCAGGUGUAAGGUAACUAUGUGACUAAGUAGCUUUUAUUGAUAAAAUAAUAUAUUCGUCAGUGAUGUUACCGUGGUAUAAUAUUAUUUUAUAGAAUACAUGUGCGCUACACUUUAAUAAUAACAAUAUUAAUACAUCACACCAAACUCCUCUGAAUCACCGUGAAAAGCUUGUUAAAUUCAUAUUUUAGAUAAAACUCGACUAUAUCUUACUUGUAUACUAUGGGUAAAUUACGACGUAACCGGAAUAUUGAUGACGAUCACGACUUUUGCCGCGGAAUAAUAGUGAAACGCCAUUUCGUCUUAUAUUAUAAAUUACCUGUAUAAACCUCUACGGACGACUACAAGUUUAAUAUUGAAAUAUAAUUUUAUAACACUCGGGGUCGACUUAUUAUAUAUUUAGGUACCUAUAUUAUAUUUUAACACGUAAUCAUAACACUCAGUAGGAUACGAAUAAGCGUCUACAAAUGUUCCGACGGUGAUAGCGUUAAAUUUGUUUUCGUAAACAUUGUUGACCUUGACUCACUACUUACAACAGUAUUACUAUUACACAUCACUGUGGUACUCAAAAAUGAAUUAUUCACGAGGUAGAAAAACUUUAUAAAUCUUCGUUGUUGAUAUUUUAAGUAUGCUAUCUGUUUGUAAUAAUAUGUUUUCCGUUCUAUUGGACGACGAAUCCGUCUUCGUUGACAUGUUUUGGAAGAAAAAAAAAGAGUUUUUCACUGAAAUAUUGUUUUAGAUGGCUAAAUCUAUAAUGAUGGACAGAUUUCUUUUUAUUAUUAGAAUAUUCUUAACCUCGUUUUUAAUUAUUUUUUCGAAAAAUAAAAUGACUAUUUAUUUGCAUAAUAAAAUAUCACUUUAACUUACGUAUUCUUUUUUACCGCACAGGCUUGGAAUUUAAACUGAUUUAAAAUGUUUGUUUGGUUUCUACCAUCAUUUAUAAUAUGUAAUGAAAAAUUAUAUUUCAUAUUUCAAAUAAAGAUAAGUAAGUACAAUGAUUAUUUUUGAUUAAAGUAAGUAUUUGUACCUUACUCAAAAAUAAUUUUAAGUCAAUUUUUGAAAUUAUUUUUUUCGAAUCGAUUUCAAGCCUUCAUUUUUACGAACUUAAUGUACCUUUAUAGGAUUGUUACAAUUUCAUAAUAUCCGUCUAUUGACAUACAUGUAUUUGUAUACAAAUGUUGUGUAACAAUACAAACGAUGGCAAUUUGCUAUAACAUAACCUACUAUACUAAAGGUAAGAUAUAUUAUUAUAACUUAUGAUUGAUAUCAUAAUCAAUAAUUAACUCGGUAAUUCACAAUGCGGUAUUAUAUUAUUAUCAUUUAUUGUGAUUUGUUAGUAAAUUCGAUAGAUUAAAAAAUAUUAUUAUUUAUUUCUGAUUGAUCCUUGUAAAGUUUACUGAUUAGAAAUAGUAUUGAAUAGUAUUCGAAUAAUAAUGAAGUUCUAUAAUAACAGAUAACGAUAUUUUCUCGUUUUAUUGUAUCCUUAUCUAAAAAAUAUAUUAUUUUUAUUGUAAAAAGAAAUCACGAAUUACCACUGACUAAAGUUUUCCGUCCAAUAUUAAUUAUAAUAAUUUUAUGAUAAUAUAAUAUUGUACUAUAUAUUAUACUGAACUAUAAAUUAUAUUAAAUAAUGUGGACCAUUGACGGGAAAAACUCACUGGGACCCAGACCUAGUAAUUUAUUCAACGAGAUUUUUCGAAUAGGUACGCAGAAAUAUAAAAUGUACAUAAGUACGAUUAUAAUAUUGUAAAAUAUUAAACAUUUUAUUAGUGCACAUCCUGUUCCAAGACCUUACUACCUUAAAUAUCGGGGGAAGGUUCAAAUUUGUUUUUAAUUAAUUAUUUGGGCCUCGCUUCACUCCAAAUCUAUUAAUUUUACUACUUAUAACGUGAGUUGUUUUAAUUUAUUUUGUAUUGUGUCUGCAAGCAACUUUUUUUUCUUUUUUAGACGUGGUAAGAUUUUUGAACUAUUUAUAAGCAUUUUAUGUUUGCGAAUUUUUUAAGUAGUGUGAACUUGAAAGGUACUAUAUGUGGAUAUAUUUGUUUGACUAAACAGAGAUGCUUCAAAAUUAGACUAGGGGCUAAUUAUAAGUUGUACACAUAGUCACAUAAUCACGUACAUUCUUAUUAAGAUCAAAUUUAGAUAAAAAUCGUAAUUAUUACAGUCUUUCAAAUCAUAUAUAAAUGAGCUUAGCUCAUUAUUUUUCGUUAGUAAUAGUUUAUCUUUGCUUACAGAUAUAAACUAAAUAACUUUAUAUAUUCUAACUUUCCAAUUUCUGACCUACAACAAUGGCGCACCCAUUAGCCUUACCAACUCUAUUUUCAAAAAAAUUGUUUUAUGGUGGGUCAGAAUAACAUUUGCACACGAGCAUUCAUCACCAUUAAAAAUACAUUUGAUGCUUUUUAGCCCUAUUUAUGAAUAAUAAUUAAAAACAAAUUCAUAUUUUUUUUUUUAAGAACUGUAAAUUUUGUGUAAAACUGUAAGUUAGCGUAAGGUGUGCUGCGUGGUAUUGAUAGUAUUGAACCAAUCAUUAAUAUUAAUGCUCGAGUGCUAGGUAAGAAAAAAAUAAAAUAAAAAUUAUAAUAUUAUUAUGUCUAUUGCAGCCGAGUGAAUGAAACAUAUAAUUCAAACGUACUGACCUAUUACAAUAAAAAAACACGCACCCCGAACACCCUGCACAAUGUCACAUAUAAUAAAAUAAAAACUUUCGAUACAUAAAGUUAUUUAAUUUAUAUCUGUAAGCAACGAUCAACCACUAGUUAUUAAAAACGAUUCGGAGCGAAGUUUGAUUAUUCAUGUUUUGAAAGGCCGUCAUAAACAUAAUUUAAACUAAUAUUUCAUCGAGCGAUUUUAAGUUGUUUGGAAGUUGUUCAUUUUUAGUGUACGUGUACCUACUCCGUGUAAAUAAUGAUUGACGUGAUGUAUUCAGUACAUAUAUUAUUUUGACACACUCUAAUGCAAUUUUACAGUAAAUACGUAGUAGUAAACACUAUAAAUUUAGGUAAUUCAUCCUUACUUAGUACUUUUUGUUAGUAUACUAUAUAUAUAUAUAUACGUCCUAUAAUGUAGAUACUAUACCUAUUGUUUUUGUUCUAUAAUAUCCAGUUUUAUAGUAUCCAGUGACAACAGUUCACCGGAAGAAAUAUAAUAUACAAUUCUAAAAAUGUAAUAUUAUUAUAGGUACCAGAAGAAAGGAAAUUAAUUUUAUAUUAAUCAUUAAAACUACAGUAUUAUGAAAUCUCAACAAACCGGGUUUAUUAUUCGCUAUCCAAUUGUUGACGUGCUGGAUAAAAUUCCAAAAAAAGUAGUCUUAUAUUUCAAUUACUCCAAUAAUCAAUAAAACGAAUUCAAGUGUUUAUGCAUCGUAAAUUAUUCUAAAAUAUUAUUGUAAGAUUAAUAAUCUAAUUGUAGUAUUAAUAAAUGCUUUAUAAUAUUUAAAUAUAUACAGUAUUAUCUAGUGUAUAAUAUAUAUGUAUAAUUAGAAUUGAUCUAAAUUGAUCUAAAUUACGUAUACGUUUCAUUAUUUCAAUAUGUUCGGCAGCUCUAUAAUGAAAUAAAUUAGACUUAUUAUACUCUGCGGCAGUUUUACGCGAGGGAUUUUUCAAAACUAUAAGCUGAUGAUUGCAUCAUCAUGGGUGCUGUAUAAUAUAUAUUAAUUGAAAGCGAUCUAUGAGAUCUUACCACCAUAGAGGCGCCAAAAAAAUUUCACUUUAUUGCGUUUUGAUUCAUACAUAAAUAGCGGGUCGCCUAUUAUAAUAUACUAGAUAUAGGAAUAAAAUUGUACAUAUAAUUUUACAGUAAUAUUAAGUUUAGUUUUAUAUGCUUUUUAAAAUAUAGUACAGAUCAAAGAUAGAUAAUUGUAGGUAAAAUGAGAUGAAAUAAAUCUUUUUUAAUAAUUUGAGAUCGAGUAAGAUCAAUUUAAAUUAAUGAAAUCAAUGAAAUUUUACUAAAAUGUUGUAAACAAGGUUCUAAAAAUCUUUCAUUUUUUGAUAAUGAUUCCAAAAUAUAUAUAUGUCUAAUAUAUAGAUCAACAUAGAUUACAUAUUAAUUACUCUAUGGCUUAUCAUCGAAAAAUAGUUAUUUUUAAUCAUCUUCCAAAAUGUAUAUUAGAUUUGUAAAGAAAUAGAAUUGUAUGAGCAUAAUGAGAUUAAUGAAACCAAAAAUAAUUUUCAUUAAAAUGAACAUUAGACGAAUCUUUUUAAAUAAAUGAGACGAAGAUUGUAUCAUCACGUGUUACUUUUCCAGACCAACACCCCAGGUAAAACUCUACUGAAAAAGUCUAAAUCGAAUUAUAAUUUUACUAUUUGAAAGUGUUCCUUGUCUUCUAUAAGUGAAUUCGUGUGGUCCCGAAUCUACAUCGAUGACACCGCGGUUUCCCACAUCAUCUAAAUAAACACCCCUGUGACAGUUUGAUCAUAUUGUUAUUACCUAAUACUACAGAAAAUAUUAAAUUAAAAUUGACACAUUUUGUGAACAAUGUGAACAUUUUGACCAUCUUCUCAUAAUUUAUAUUAACUGUCAUAAUAUGUAUUAAUUCCUAUCAGUGUCCCUGUAAUUGACACUUUCCGUUGGCGUUUCAUUUGAAAAUCGUGUGCACUUUUAUCUGGUUUAAAAAUAAAUGAUUUUCUUUUAUCGAGAAAUGAUUUUCUAUCAAUUUUACUAUCAUCGUAGUAACGUUGAAUAAUAAUUAUUAUACACACGUUUGUCUUGCAAUUUUAAUUUUGUCGCGGUGUGGUUAUACAUACCGUUAUCCCUAUAAUAAUUAUUAAUAAUUUAUAUAAGCUGUGUAAAUAAACAAAACUGCAAUUUUCUAUUAUGGUAGAGAUAAUCGAGAUUAUACUGUUACAGUAUAAUAUAUUAUACUAUAUAGAUGGUUAAAAAAAAAAUAUGUCUGGUUUUAUAGAACUGCGUCAUACAAACUCAUACAAAGUGCAUAAUGUGCAAAAUAUUAUUUUAAAAAAUACAAUUAUUGAAACAUUUGUUUUUUCCACAUAUCAAAAUGGUAAAAAUAAUAAUGGGUGUUGAUAUGAAUUAUUUCAUCGAUACAAUUUUAAAUUUUAAAUAGGUGUAUACAUUUGUUGCGUUCAGUAAAAUCUGGUUAAUUUUGCUUAAAAAUGCCUUAUUUAAAAAAGAUAUAUGGUAGUAAAUAAAAUAUCAGUAAAUUGGUUAAUUUUUAAAUUAUAUUUGUGAUCAGUUAAUUUAUAAGAUUAAUCAUAUUAAUAAUUUUGGUAAAAAAUGUUAUUUUGUGUGUACAUACUUUUUUUCAGAAGCGUUUAUAUAAUGUAUUAAUGUAUAAGCAUGUGCCAUUCAGGGGUGGUUAGGCAGAUUAAGACUAGUCCACGGGAAAAAUAUAAUCUUAACGGUCCAUAUCCCGGGCGUUAUCGUAUCACCAUCAUCAUCGUUGUCCAUUUAGUGAAAAAAAAAAGGCGAUUCACCGGGAAAAUUCAUAUUGACACAAACAAAAAAUAUUUUUAACUUUUAACUUGAAUUUACAAUAUAAAAUUAGUCAUUAUAUAGAGUAUAAAUCAUUACUCAUUAUGAAACCGCAUUGAAGUUCUAUAAGUUCUAACUAGUUCUAACUUAUGGUAUAUUUAUUGUAUAGGUAUCAUUAUUAUUAUCGUUUGGUGUAUUCUACCAUGUGGAGUCGAAUCUAAAUAUUUUAUCUAUUUAUAGGAUCGGGUAUACCCCUAGUAUUAGUAAUUUAGUAUAAAAACAUUGUAUAGGUACAUUUUACAAUUAAUAAAGGGAGCAUAAGAUAUAAUAUGUAUUGCAAACAACGCAAACUAGUCUAUUCCUAGGCUGCCGUAGCGUGUGUUGUGUGAUUGCAUUAGUAAAAGCAGAUUUAACUAUAAUUAUAACUAUAACUUUAACUAUUUAGUAAAUGGUUUACGAUAAAUAACUAAUAGUACCUCUUAAAUUUCGAAAUUUACAACAGCUGCUACAGUUAGUCCACGGUAUUCUACGCCAGCUAUACAGUAUUGAGAAAGAAAGCAUUUACACGAUUGUAGUUAUUCAACUAUUUUUGGUUAUAUUCGAGAUUAUAUACAGAGUAUCCGCGAUGAUCUAUUACUUGAAAUAAAUUGUUCUAUUUGAUAUUACAUUUAAGUCUUUUUUGGUUUUUCUAAAUCAUUAUAAAAAAUACUUUAGAUAUUAAAAAACGACUUUCUUUGUUUAUGGCUACAUGUUAAAAGAAUCAAAAUCGAUCUCUUGCCGUUUUUCGAUUGGAGCAAUAUUUCUGAUAGAAAACAUCGCUUACAUAAAUUUAAAAUAAUGAAAUUGGUAACGCCGUGGCGCGCUGUAAAAAUUUGCCGUUUUACUUAUAAUUUUUUUUCGACUUUUUCCCAAUUGUUUUGAAAACUCCUAAGGAAAUCACUAAUUGACGUCUUUAGUGCACUAACUAGAAAAAAUUACCUUUCAGAAACCGUGGUACACUCUAUAGAUCGGAGUAAGAUUUCUGGUAAAAAAUUGUUCACAGACACACAAAAAAAAAUAAUAAUAAUACAAAAAUACCCAUCAUACGAGUAAAAUCAAUAGAAGUCUCGCUUUGCUCAAAAUCUAAAAUAAAUAUCAUUGUAAAACCAUAUAUUCCUGUCUAUGUUAAAUGUUAAUUUCGGUUUUUAAUAAUCGUAUAAAUAGUUUAUACCAAUUAAAAAUUAAAGUACCUAUUUAUGCAUUUAAAUAUCAAAUAAUGCAAACAUGUAAACAUUAUUUAGUAAAUAAUAUAAUUUAUGAAAAUAAUAUUUUAUAGUUUAAGAGAAAUUGAUAAUUUGUUUGGGGGGCUAUGUUCCCCACGACUUAGGUUUACUACUGUGUUAAGAUAGGUGGAUAUAAAUAAAUUUUUAUUGCCACGCAUACAAAAAAUUAGUUCGGCUCCAUUGUAUUCUAUGCAAUUAUUUCAAAUAAAAGCAAGUAAAAGGAUUUCACAAUACAAUUAUUAUUACUAUUAAAAGUUUAAAUGUAAUUAACGUAAAUAGAUGAGCUUUUGCUAACUAUAAAAAUAAUUAGUAAGUUAUUGUAAUAUCUUUUCUUUUUAAUGUCAAGUGUUUUUAUCCAUAUACAAUUGCUUCAUUAGUGACAUCAUGAAGGUCACGCAUGUACCCUUUAAAAGCACAGGUGAAGCCUUUAUAGUAUAUGGAUGAUGAUCCGAGAAGGAUGCCCGCAAUCACAGUCUAGGGAGUCUGACAUUUUCCAUUUAUAAUGUAAUUCUUUACAGCGCCCGUAUCUAGUGCGUAAUCAAUUUAAUACGACUCAAUCACGUCGAGGCAGGCGUCAAAAUAAUAAUUUAAUCAAAAUGUUAUGACGCUAAUUAUUACUUUGUACAAAAAAUAAAAACAAAAGAUAAGGUUCAUAAUUUAUUACUUAAGUUCUUAUAAUUAUUAUAUAAUUAUAUAAUUAUAAUUAUUUAUUAUUAUAAAGUUUAAGUUCUACAUUUGUAUAACGAUCAACAAUAUAAAAUGCAAUAAUUUUCAAUUUUCAUAGUAAAAUUUAGGUAUUUUAUUAUUAUUUUACUCGACAACGUCGUUUAUCGAUAAUAAUAGUAUAUUACAUUAUUAUUGUUAUAGUUUCAGUUAUUGUUAUAAUCUAUUACAAUAAAUAUAGAUUUAGGUUAUUACUUAAUAUAAUAUAAUAAAUGUAUGUACUUGAUAACGACGUGAGUCGUAUUCAAUGUAACGUACUAUUGUUUUUAAAUUGCUUUUUUAUUUUCAUUUUAACCGUUGUGCUGGAAAAUUGUCGGUUAUUUACGAAGAUAUUAUUAUCAGAAUAUGAUAUUGAAUCAGUUUUUCUUAUUGACGAAUUAAUUAGUAUACACUAUUUCACCAAAAUCCAUUGUCAUAAUACAUCCCUUAGUAUAAAUGUACACAAUUUAAUUUAAAAAAAUUAAAUAGAGGAUUUAUACUCCUUUAUAUGGAUUUCAUUAAGAAUUUUGUUGGCCAUGUUUGUAACAAGCGGAUUUCUCUAAACUUGAAUCAAUAAAAACCUACAUAUCAUAAGACACAUUGACAUUCCUAGCUACACUAAGUAUCAAAAUACUAUUGCUCAAAAUUUAGCAAGUAUGCAUGUUUGAUAAAUUAUUGGAGACAGUUUUGAUUACGAGUGGGGUUUAGAUGCUCUUAUUCUUCCUGUCCAGAGGGUUGGGUGCCAAAAUAAUUUUUGCACUGACCGCUGAAUUUUUUUAUCUAAGUAUACAACUUUUAACAGUUAAUUUAAUUAGUUAUAAGUUAUAACUGAAAAAAAAAGUGGAAAAUAAUUUUAACUUAUUCAUUUACUAAAAUAUUAAGUAUACGCAGUGCCCAGGAAUUUAGAACGGGUAAAAUUACAAAAUAUUAAUUAUAAACAAAUAAAUUUAUUCUGCGACUUGACAAUGGACAUUUAAAAGCCGGAUUUAAGAAAACGAUUUGUAAUCAAUAACACAAGUUUUGCCUUGUAACUUGGCUGAAAUGUAUUUCUAGAAAAAAUUACUAAAUAAAUACUCGUUGUUAAAUUGACUAACCAUCCUGCUUCGAGUUUACGGCUUGUCGAAGAUUUGCGGAAUUUUUGAUUUUUUUCGUUUUUUCCGCGUUCAAAACGACCACGAAUAAGUUUCAUGAUUUUGGACUAACGAAUGGUCGUUUUCCCGGUAAUAGAUUUUACUGUGGACGGGUAUACAACUGUGGAGAACGCAAACAGGAAAAAAAUUAUUGACAUUCCGUCGUGUUCGCGGGUUUUGACCUUGGACCGAGAGCGCGCGCCGAACGAGUUGACGCCGAAGACCCGACGUAGAGGACGCCACCGCCGCCGGGUUCAAUCGCACACGCCCGGUGGCCUACUUGAUAUUGUACACGUUAUAUCGUAUCUAGAUCUCUGUUUUGCACUCCGAUUUUCGCGGCGUGACAAUAUUAUUUAUCCGAUUUUUCACCCAAUAAAGAUUAUUUUUGUUUAUCCGCAAACAGUAAAAAAAAAAAUCAACUGAAUUGCGUAAUUCAAUGCGCUAUGUAGUUAAUUAAUAUUAGGUACCUUAGUAAAAUGUUAAAGAUAAAAACGUUAUACGUUUUGUUGACAGUUAUAUUCAGUAGUUGACUGUGUCUGAACCAGCAUCGUGUAUGUAAACGAAUAUUAUGGUAUACCUACAUUUUACUAGCAGAGACCUGCAGCAGGCUAUACGUAAACCGUAGUACCGCUACAGUCAACUAUAGUUGCUAGUAAAAUAACAACAAAUAAUCGUGCUACCGACCCUCGGAUUUCGCUUUGACAGAGUCUUGUUUAUGCAUUCGAUGACAUACGUCGUCGCCGAUCUAAUCAAAUGAAACCGAAAUUAUGUAUUCUCGAAAUGACUUUAAUUCGACUCGGAGAAUAUAAUAUUUAAAACGGUAUGGCUUUUUAAACGUACGCUGGUUUAAAACCAUUUCCAAAACCAAACAAAAAAAUAUUUAAUAAUAUUAUCAUCAUUGCUAUACAUAAUUUCAUAAAUUCGUUAGUUUAUUUAACUUUAGUGCGGCAAAUUUUGUCGAAAUUAUUUUAUUUGGCACUAUACUUGAAGGUGUUAUAUAAUAUAUUAUGCACAAGUGUACAACACACGACGACCGUUAAUUAUUUGGCAAAAGGCGAGUUUACCCAUUUGCAAUUAUCUGAUCUAUCCAAUCAUUAAUUAAUAGAUAAAUAAUUAUAGACUGUCGAGUUGGCUAAAAAUGUGACACACAUAGGCACCCGAAAAAGUCUCAGUUUUCAAAUAUAAAAUGUUACAUUAGCGUUUUCGAUAUGAUUGUGUAGUCUAUUUACACAGCGAGUAAUUUAAUACACUCGUAUUAUAGAACCGGCACGGCCGCGUGUAAACUGCAGUUCACGUUCGAUUUAUUUGCACAAAGUGCGCACCGACAAUACGUGAUGUCUUCUUAUCCGCGGGUUUGAUUGACUGCAAUGAAAAUAAUAUUAUAUCCUAUUAAUUUUGUGUUAAAAAAAAAAUUGAAUAAACAGUACAGAUUUCCUUACAGAUGUUGCCCGGUUGUUGUCUUGAUGGUGAUGCUGCCCGGUUUCGUAUUUUCGUUUAUACGCUCGCGUGGUUUUGAAUUUAAUAACGCGCUAUAAUAUUGCAAUAACGCAAUAAAUCUGCAUUAUAAUAUUAACAGUCGUUAAAAUCGAAAACGCCGUACAAUAAAUCGCACGACUAUACACUACUACGCAGUGGUGAGACGUCGAACGAUCGUCUCAAUGGUGGCCGCGGCGGGUUCAUUAUGUUAUUAUUUUUGAAGAUGUUAUAUUAUUCGUAGUUUGUUGUUCGGGAGACUAUAGUCGGGCGGCGUACAAGGACGUUCGCGUGUCGACAGAAAGAAUAAAAAAACGUUUUAAAAAAGCGCCGCGCAAAUGAGAAUGUUUGAUGCGUAAUCGUUGUAAUUCGUGUAUUAUAUAUUGUAGCAGCAGUAUCAUUAUAACAGUAUAUAGCAGAGAAUAAUGUGUGUUUAAGUUUUUUUUUUUUUUCUUCCCCCCAAAAGAAAUUGUCAACCAGAAAAACUAUAUAGACCGUGUAUAACAAGCGAAAAAAAUGAUAUUAUUAUUAUCAUUAUUUUUUUAUAUUAUAUAUUUUUUAGAUUCUGAGUGUAGCGGAAAAUGUAUUGGUUUUAAUUAGAUGUUUGUUUAUUUAUUUUUAUUUUUUUUAUCCUAUGUACAAAAGUUCGACCGUAAAUCUUGCUCAGGUAUAUUUCGCGGCACUAUUUCUGAAAAAAAAUGUUGUCCAGAUGGUACUUUUGGGAGGUCAUUUUUUGAUUUUCAUAAUAUCUGGGAAAAACCAGGUUAAAACAUAAAAACACAUCAUGAGUUUAGAAUCGAUAAACUCGAUUAUAUUGUUUAUAUUUGUGGGAGAAAAAUAUCUAGACACCUCCGCCUUCCUCCCCCAAAAAAAAAAAAAAAAAAUUCUAUUUACGCUAUUAAUUGUGUUCGAUAUUUACUCGCCAUCGUAUAUUUCCGAUCGUAUAAUAUUAUUUAAUAACAUCGAUAUAUAAUAUUAUAUACAUAAGUUUUAGGUCUUUAGAUAUACUUAUUGACAGUAACGUGUUCAAGUAGGUUUUUUUGAGACAAUCACCUCACUAAAAGGGGGUCACAAAAUAUAUUGAAUGUGGAUUAACUAGCCUAGAGAUCAGAGAUUCCCUUAGUUUUGUGUAUUAGAUAAUACAUUUUAAACUUUUUUCAUAUAUAUAUAAAAACAAAUUAUUAGCAAAAUGAAUACAAACAAAAUUAAUAAUUUUAAAAAAGAGAAAGGUAACCUUUAAAAAUUGUAGUUUUAAAUUUGAAAAUAAAUAUUUAAUAUAUAUAAAUAUGAAGUAUAGAUGUAUAAUAAAUAUAGUAAAUAUAGCUAAAUACAAUUUUUACUGUAAAAAAAUUAUAUAUAGGACAUAUAUAUAUAUAUUGAUUAUCUUGUACUAGAGCAUUUUUUUAGAAAUGACGUUAAAACGUCACUUAAAAUCAUCAUAUAAAUUAUAGAAGAUUGACAUAUUACAUGAACUGCGUAUUUCCCUGUCUUGGGUUGCCUUUGCCAAUACCAAUUCCUGGGUAUGUAUAUUAUUAAAAUUCUCUAUCUCUCUCUCUCUUUCUCCGAAUAUUAAUGGGUAUAUAAUAUAGAUGGUCAUAAGGUUGUAAUAGCCAUCUUUUUCUAACAAUGUUGACCUCUCCGGGUUUCAUCUUCAGCUUAUUAAGUUUAACAACAUAAUAAUAUAGACAUUAUACAAAUCUAAACUAAAAUGUAAUUGAAAAAACAUUAUUUGUUUUUAAAUGUACAACGACGAGGAACCUGACGUGCCCGCUACGAAUGAUGUGCUUGUAAAACGAUCGAGUUUAUUUAUAAUAUGAUUAUAUUUUUAUCGUUUUAUCCGUCAUCGACGUUGCAAAGGGUUCAAAUGCAAAUCACGUGUCUGAAUAGUAAUGCGCGCGUCUACAACAUAGUAGAUAUAGGUCAAGUAAAUCUGCCAACAUUAUACUACAUAUUGUCUUGGGAUGAAUGGUGAUAGUUUCUUUUUUAUUACAUCAUUUUAUAUAGCUGGUAAAUGCUAACGCAUUAUUUAUACACCUGUAAUCAAUUAAUUGAUAACAUAAUCAUCUCGAACACAUCAAAAUAUUAUCAUCUUCGUUCAUUAUACUGUAUACAAACGUGUGUUGUCAUGAGAAAUAAUAUUAAAUCAAUCUUCGUGAACAAUUUUGAAAACGGUCAACUAACUCCCUACUGAGUUAAUUGACCAUUUUCAACCGAUGCCCCGCUGCCCGACGUUCUACUUGUAGAAUAUAUAAUAAUGAAAUUUAAAAAAAAAUAUAUUUAAUGUAUUGUAAGCUCACGUUCGAUUUUUGAGUGAUUUUACUGUUAUCGAUUAAUAAAACUGAUGUACUUAUAAAUAAUAUUAAUUCGGUGUGAAAUAAUCACGUCGACAUUAUUGUUAUUAACGAUUUUUCAUUAAUUGUUUGGCAAAUAUUGUGACGCACUCUUCGAGUUAAAAAAUACAUUUAAUUACUGCAGUCGGAUGAGAACAAAUUUCAAUUAAGAUUUCAAUUAACUUAAUAUCAUGAGUACACAUCACAUAGGCUAAGACUCUAAAAUUAACAGUACCCCCCCCCCACCCUCGCUCACAAAUAAUUUUACCUAGUGCGAAUACUAAGAUUUUUUUUCUCUUACUAAACAUUUGUUUUCCACUAUGUGAAAUAACGUUUUGAAGAACUUUGUUUUGCUUAUGUAAACCAAUAUUUGUGGCUAAAAUAAAACAUUUAGGUAUAAAAUAUAACAUGAAGACUUUAGAAAGGUUAUUUUAUUUUGUGUGCCACAAAAAUACUUCCCCUCUUAAGUUGAAAACGCUAUCGGUUCCACUGAAUCAUUUUCAAAAACAUUAAAAUUUCUAUAAUUAUAUAAUUUACAAAAACAACAACAAAAUAGGUACGCUAAAAACCUAAUGUUAAUGACAUGAAAAUAAUUUUUCUUUUUCUUUAACACUGGUUAUAAGUUUUUUCGGUGACGUACCGUUGAUUAAUAUUGUUGUUAACCGUUCAUAAUGUAUUAUAGAAAAUGUAUAGAAAGUCGUAAAAAAAUAUUUACAUAUAUUUAUAUUUAAACGCACACUCUUUCCGCGGUCGCGUUUUUUUAGUUUAAGAGUUUAUUCGAUUUUUUGUAAUGACGAGUUUGCGGUAUGGAUACUAUUUAGUUUCUCUGUGCCGUACCUCGUCGAGCAGUUAACCACAAACACCAAUGGUAAAAAAAUAUGGAAAAUGCUAUUGUUUGUUAUGAUAGUGUUAUAAUUGGCACUCUGGCCGCCAAUCGAAUGGUAAAUUGUAUUAUACACACUGCGAAUAUACCUCAUCCAUUAUAAAAUAACUUUGGUGAACUACAUCCUUGCAUUUUUUUGACUAAAAUCCAAUAAUACAAAUGCGCAUUAAGUACUUCAUUUUUCGCCUACAAUAAUAUAUUGUUCUUUCGAAGCCCAACCAUUUUCUUAUAAUAUAUUAUAUUAUUAGGUUUUUUUUAGCUCGCUAUUCGUUAUCAUAAUAUCAUAAUAUAACCAUAUAUAAUCAUAAUAUAAUGUAUUGUUGUCGUUAUUAUUUUUUUCUUUGGAUCUAAGUCUCCAAUUUUUCGCUCUAAUCGAUUGCUCGCCCUUUUUUUAAGUUCGUUAAAAAUGUCAACUCUUGAAAUCGGUUUUAAAUUGUCCUAUAAUAUUAUAUGUAAUAGAGUAAUACGAGGCAAAAAGUUUAUUAUCUUUUUACUAAAAGUUACCUUACCUGAUACAGAAUGAUCAAUCCACGAAAAAAUAUGCAUUAUCUAAGAAAAUAUUACAUUUUUCUUAUUUUUUUUUUUUUUUUUUGACAAUUAAAGAAACAAGUAAUUCUAAAAUAUUACAUUACCGUUAUUAUUUUUAUUUAUUGGAGUGAAAUAACUAUUUAUUUUGAUUUUCAAUUAGCAACCUAUAUAUUAAAAAUUCCAUUAAUAGAUUUAAACACUUAAAUUUGAGUAGAGGGAGAGUAGUGGAACGUUAUUCAAACGCCGUGCAUAUUGCCGUCAUACAAUCUAUUUAUGACAUUUUUAAUAUAGGUUGCUAUUUGAAAAUCUAAAGUGAGGUAAUGGUUUCACAUCCAAAAAUGAGAGUGACAAAAAAUUAUGGCAAUGUACCUAACAUUGUAAAGACACUUAUUUCUUAAAUUCGCUAAAAAAAUUAAUACUUUCCGAAUGUUUUAUCGAAGAUUGAAGUACGCGUUGUUUGAUUUCUCGAAUAAUUUAUUCAAAAUACAAUCUUAUACUUGAUCAAGUCUUUACUAUAUAUCUUCCUAUAUUUUACUGUUUUUUUAUUUCAUUGUAAAUAAGUUUUAAUGAUAUCGUUACGUUUAUUUAAAUUUUACAGUACCAAGAAGUGGACUCCGGGAAACUAAUGGAUUUAGACGAGAUUUUAGGCAGUUACGGAUUAGGCAGAUACCAAGUGACCGUCUGUGCUUUAAUGGGCCUCGUGCUCAUGUACUCGAACAUAUCACCACUCAGCUACGCGAUUACCGCCGCUGAUGUAAAAUACAGGUAUAAUAUGCAUCAUGCAAGUAUACUUAAUACUUAUUAUUUUCAUUGUAUCCGUCAUUAAAAAAUUUAGAUUGGUAUAAGUCAACAUUUUUUUCUGAAAUUAUAAGAUAGGUAUUAUAAUAUGAUAUAUUUAUUUUUAAUUGUUUCGUAAAAUGUUAUUAUUAAUUAAUAAAAAAUAUGAAAUUUUCACUCUUCGACGGAUAAGAAAACUAUCAUAGAAAAUUAGUAAAUGCCAGAGGUUAAAUCAUUUAUUAAUAUUGUAUAUACCAGAUUCCAGAAUAGAAUAGUAGAUAUAUUAUAUUAGGUUAUUUUAAAACAAUAAUAGUACAAGUUUUUCAAACUAAAAUUAUUUAAAUUAAUAAACACUACAAUUUAUACGGCCGAAAUGCUUUAGUAUAAGUUUUUUUUAACUAAGAGACCGAACCAAUUUAAUUUUAAAAUCGUUAUAAUACUUUAUGUAUACAGUUAAUUAAUGUGCAAGGUUAGUAAUGAUUAAUUUGCCAAACAUGUUUCGUUUUGAAAUACGCAUGCGUAUAUAUUAUAUACUCGACACAAAAUAGAAAUUACAGACAACUGCAGUCUGCAAUAUGAUAUCAAUAUUUGAUCAUUUCUUCCGUUAAAAAAAACGAUUAAAUAUUACAUAUUUUUUAACAUUCGUCAUUAUAGAACAAAUAAUGUUAAUUUGAAAUUUUAAAUAGACGAUUUUAUCAAUAAUACUCUUAUUAUUAUUUUCAAUAUUGUUAUAGUAUUUAAAGAUCUCUUUAUUUUACUACUAUAACUAAGAGAAAUCAGCAAUUCAAAAAAAAAAAUUUCAAUUUUUGUUUCUAUUUUAAAUCCAAGAUGCAUGCGUUAGCACCUAUAUAUUAUAGAAAUUAAAAUUGUAUAAUCACUACCACAAAACGUUGAUUUCAAUUCUCUGUACACCAUCGUACUCAAAAAAAAAAAAGAAAAAAAAAAAGAAAAUAACAAUAAUAACAAUAAAUAUUAUACUCGUACAGACAUUUUAUUGUAUUAUAUAAAAUACUAUUGACGUAUUUAUAGUUAUUGGGCGCAUUGAAUAGGCAUUUUUAAUACACUCUUGGAAAUGAAUUGGUUACACUAAAAAUGGUAGAAUAGGUAUACCGUAUACCUACUGGUAAUAAUAACUCGACGAAAAAUCAUUUGAUUAAUAGGUAUUACAAAAAUACAAUGUUAUAAAUUAUCAUAAAUUAAAUCAACAACUAAAUUCAUUACUUUAAUCAAUAUUAUUAACAUUUGAAGAUAAUGGAACCAAUUAACGGUGCUUUGAGAAAAUUAUCUAAUGUUGAGUUCUAUUCACUGAAAAAAAGUUUCUGUUGGAUAAUACUGUAAGGGAAAAUAUUGAUGAACCCGCGGCAAGAAGGUGCUAGCGAUGCAUCCUAGACUCAAAUAUAGAAUACACUGAUUAAAAGAUGAGAAGAUCUCAUGGCGCCUUAAAGAAGUUUUGCUCUGAUAAGUCUGAUGAAAAAUUUUCAAAGAUGAGCUAGUACCCUUCUUUUUCUGUAACCUUAAUUUAUUCGUAAAACUAAAAAUACAAUAACACCUUUAAAUAACGAAAAAAAUUAAUUAAUUAUGAAAAUAUUACAUGAAAUACAGUAUGCGCAUGUAUAAAUCCGGAAAAUAAUCGUACAUACCAUGAAAUUUUCGACUAUAAAUACUGAGACCGUAAUUAUUUUCCGGAAUUUUAACUGUCUAAAAAAUGACUCUUUAAUUCAAUAAUUAUAAUAUAAUUAUUAUUAUGCUGGAGGAUAUUACUUUCCAGAAUUAUACGACAUUCCGAAAUACAUAAUGUAAGACACUUAUCGGCUCGAAAAGAAUUAACGUUUUUCGAUAUUUGUUUUUUGAAACCACUAUACUCACUAUUGACUUUCAAAUAUCAAAUCCCGUAUCAAAAAUUCCGCAAAAAUAAAAAAAAAUAAGGUUUUAGUUUAAAUAAAUUUUAGCGUUGACAUUUAAGAUGUCCAUAAACUCGUUGACUAUGUAUUCCGCUUUUAAGUAUUGUCAAUUUGUGGGUAAAUACUACUGCCGCCAAACUAAUGAUACUCUACUACGACUUUUUCUCAUCCCAUAAAACAACCUCUAAAAAUAAGGGUGACAAAAAAUAACGGUUAUAGUGUAUACAAUUUUAUAGCUCCUCGUUUCUUAAAUUAUUUAAAUAUAAAUUCCGGAAAAUGUUAAUACUUUCCGAUUUAUUUAGUUUCUUAUAUUGAUCACUAUAUAUGGUUGAAUUUUAUUUACGGUAUUCAGCUCAAAACGAGAAACAAGUGUGCUUGCAGUGUACUUAUGAUAUGUUCGUCAAAUGCGUCAAUAAUCGGUCUUGACAAGAAUUCAAUUUCAACAUUACACGACACUUUAUGAGUUAUUUGUACAAACAAAAACCAUUUAAGCAUAUAUAUAUAUAUAUAUAGUUUAUAUAACAAACACUAAAUUAAGCUCAAAAUAUUUUGAUCCAGUAAAAAGAAAAGUCGAGUCAAAUAAAGCAUUUAACAUUCGUUUUUACAGAGAAUCUUUAGAAAGUGUUUACAGAGAUUAUUAUUUUUAUUGUUACUAACGCAAGUUUAAAUAAAUUAUACUAUGCAUUGCAUACCUAUUAUAAAAAACAAUUUUGUAAAUUUUUCCUAUUUUUAUCUCGGUGAUUUUCUAUUAUCUUUUUUUCAAUGGCCUAUAGUUUUAAAAGAUGUAAGAGUUAUGGUAUGUGCUAAGGACUACGAAUAUAAACGUUUAUAAGUUGUAACGAAAACCAGUAUAUGAAUCUAUAUACAUAAAACUAAGUUUCUAGAGACUUAACAUUUUACAUAGACUUCCCUCCAACUUCCCACCUACAACAGUGACACAUCCGUUUCCAGUUUAAGCUUUUUUUGUUUUAUUUUAUGAUUAUUAUUAUUAGAGCAAUGGUUCUUAUAUUUUAUACUUUUGUUUAAAACUAAAAAUUAUAAAAUUUGUUUACUAAAUCCAAGAUAGCCGUAUUAUACACUUUUUUAAACAAAUGAUAAUUCGUUAAUUUUCAGAAAAAAUUCGAAGUUAACGAUACCUAGUUUAAAUUUUAGAUUAGAGUAUAGUGUAUAAUGUAUUGGUUUUACUAAGAUGUUUAUUUUAAUUUUUUUUUUUUUUAUACUUUAUACAAAAAUUUUACCAGAAACCUUGGUAAGAUAUAUACACGUGGUGUCAUUUCUGAAAGGAAAUACUGUCCAGAUGGUACUUUUGGGAGGCUUUUUUUUGAUUUUCCAAGCGGUUUUCUUAGCAAAUGUAAUAAUCCGGGAAAAACAUGGGAAAACCUGGAAAAACGCAGGAAAAACGAUACAAUAUUAAACAAAUAUUAUUCAAGAAAAUAUAUGAUGCCUAUUUAAUUAUUUUACCAUAACCUGACAUGUAUAUUGUUGAAAAAGCAUCACUAUCAACUGAACUGCGAUCAGAAUCGUUUUUUCGUUAGCAAUGGUUUAUAGUUGCUCACAGAUAUACAUUAAACUAUCUAUAACAAUGGCUGCACCCGUCUCCAUUAUCCUAGGAUGUCUUUUUUUAAUGCCAUUGCUAAAUAAUAUCAAUAAGUUCACCAAUAUUUCCAUGAAAAAUGAUUUAUGUAAACUUCAAAAAAUUGUAGAAAAUUAACGACUGAUCAUUAGUAAACAUUUGUAAUACCAACAUUUUAUUCCGUAAUAAAUGUAUUACUUGGAUUUAGUAAAAAGAAUUAUUUCAAAUUUUUUUUAUUUUUGAUUUAAAAAAUUUAAAACAAAAGAACCAUAUGGCAAUGCUUUAGUAAUUAUAAAAAAAAAAAGAUUAUUAUUGAACAGAACAAAAGUUGUAGCUUUUGUCAGUUCUCCGUGGGAGACUAUAUCGUUAUCGUAUACGAUAAUUGUAGAAUCUAAUUAUUAAAUUCUUUAUUUUUUAUUAUGAUUUUAGAUGUGAAAUCCCGGAGUGCGAAGAUGUAAAUGACUUCAACAAACCGUACAAUACUUCUUGGUUUAAGUCAGCUAUACCUCCUGACAAUGAGAAUGUGGAUUACCAAAAAUGUUUUAUGUAUCCGUAUAUCGGACCACAGAACAGCAGUACGGAAAACAAUACGAAGUGUGCAUCAACAUCGUUCAGUAAAAAUGCAUCCGAUCUCAUUGAAUGCAAAAAAUGGGUGUUUGAAGACACGGAAAAAACCAUAGUAACCGAUGUAAGUUGCAGCUAUUACAAUAACAAUAAUAGUACGAUAUUAUUGUUAAUCAUAAUAAAUGUUGUGUUUUAUCGUUAUAAUCAGUGCCGUCUGAAGGCACGGAAGGUAUCGAAGGGCCCAUCCCGGGUGGCUGAAAUUCCAAGACCUUCCAACUUUUUUUUUUUAAAUAAAUUUCGUUUUAUGAAAUUAUUCAAAAUUGUGUAUAAGUGGAAUAAAUAUUUUACCUAAUAUGUGAGCUAAUAUUGAACAGACAAAUAAAAGUACCUAUAUUAUUUUUAAAUAAAAACAUAAUUAUUCAUAGGUUAAGUUAAAUCUCAGUUAAAAAAAUCGAGGUAUACUAAAAAAAACUGUUUACAUUUUUCUCCAAUUUGACUAAUUAAGAGAUAAAAAAAAAUAUAAGUUCAUUGUAAAUAAUUUGCGGAAUUUUAUCACAUAGUUAUUAAUGUAAACGAAUUAGAAUUUAGAAUGCAUUUGAAAGCGUGUUUGAAUUUUUUCGUCGAAGUUUUUAAAAUAUUUUUUUAUUUUUUUUUGAUAAAAAUAAAAUGUUUUAUGUAGAUGCAUAAAAUUUUAAUUAUGUAUGCAUUUACAAUUUUCAAUUACAUUUUUCUUACUAUUAAAUAAAAAGUGCAUUCAUUUCCAAGUAUAAGAAACGAUUUAGAAUAGAUUAUAGGUAAAAAAUAACACCGGUUGUCGACCUAACGCAACUUCAUUUGUCACCUCUUACAACCGGUUAGGAGGAGUUGACAUUCUAUUAUAUCUCGUAUACAUAUGUAUUUAAAAUCAGAUAGAUUAGAAGAAACAUUUCCAGACAUCAUUACAAUAUCUUUCAGAAUUUUUUCUAUUUUAUCAAUGAUGAUUACCAAAUAUUGAGGAAGACGUCUAUUUUCUAAUAGUUUUAAGUUUAAUAAAAAAAAGAAGCACUUAAAAUUAUAGGAACGGUAAACCGGUUGUACCGGUUAAGUACAUCUCAAUCCUUAUCUAUUAUCAAUAAAACAUUUUUUUUGAAGAUGUACUCAUAGGUAUGACUUAUAAACUAAAUGAUAAGUUCACUUUUGAAUUAAUUGAGAAAUUCUUAUUCUUAUUAUAAUCAUAUAUUUUAAAAUUAGAAUAAAUAAUAAUGUAAGUAACAAUAAUUGACUUUUGCUAAAUUUUAAUGAUCAUAAUAAUAAUAAUUUAUUAUUUGUUAAAUAUACAUAUACAUGUAUGUAAAUAAGACAUAGGUAUUUAAGGUAUUUAGGUAUUUACCCCAUUAGAUAUUUAAGCCUCCAAAAUAGGUGUGUCCCAGUGCCUUCUCACAUAACCUUAAGACGGCUCUGCGUAUAGAAUACAAUUUUUACUUAUAAAAUAUGCCUAUGUUUUUUAUACAGUUCAGUAAUAUAAUGUGUGAUGAAAAUAAAUGGAAACUGUCUAUGGUGGGAACAAUCAACAGCAUAGGACAGUUUAUUGGCAUUCCUUUAUCAGGAUUUAUUUCGGACAAGUAAGUGUAUAAUAUAUUUUACAAUUUUAAUUACUGUACUGUGGCGUACCCGGGAAACAAUAGUUUUUUUUAGAGAUGAGAACUCGAUAAAUUUGACCAAUGUAUUUUUUUAUUGUUCUUAAAAUCGAGUAACCUCUUAUUUUAAACGGCUUCACAAGCUUAAUAACAUUUAUUUAUGUACUGUUUUGUAUUUACAUACUGUAUUAGAUGAAUUUGAUGAAAAUUGGUGUUCUGUCAUUAUACCAUGAAUGGUAAACCAGAUUCAAACGAUGUUGAAUUUAUUAAUUUCAUUAAUCUGCAAUUAAAAUGUUUCUAACCUUGCAUAUUAAAAUUUGAAACAUUAUUACUGUUAUUAGUUUACAAACUGUAGUUUGUUGUUUGUUACAUUAUUUUUUUUAUUUUUUGUAAAAGUUAAAACGAGUUAUUUUAUUAAAUAAAAAAACAUACAAUCAAUAAUAGGUACUUCGUGCAGUGUCGUAUACAGGAAUUUUAUUUCGAAGAAGGAGUUACAUCAUCUACAUAUUACGAAGUGUAGUUUAUUAUAGCAUAAUAUUGUACUUUAUAUAAAAAUAUAAUUUAAGAUUUCCUGACAAGGGGGUUGUAGUCCUCUCAGCACCACUAGAUUCUCUAGUUUCACCACUAAUCCCAUGUUGUUCUUCUUAAUUAUUUAUAUUGCAUACUUAUUUUGUACUCAUAUUAAUUAAUAUACAUUAUAAAACAUUUUGUUUAUUUUAUUUCUAAUGAACAAUUUACCCGAUUUACCGAAAUCACGUUAAUUGACGUACAUUUUAUUGGUAAAUUUACCGACAAUUUUUACCGGUAAAUUUCACGUGUCUAGUUCAUUUAAAUACUUAAAAAAAAAUUCUCGAAGGAAAGUGCAAAUUAUGUCCUUUUUAGUAAUAAGUAUAUAAUAUUUUUUUUUAGUUUUUUUUUUUUUUUUAAGAUAUGGACGCAAGUUCAUAGUGAUUAUAGGAUCGGUUUCGUCGGCUAUACUCGGUACAAUGCGUUCGUUCACAAACGGUUACUUAUCAUUUAUACUUUUCGAAUUUCUUGACUCGGUGGCCUCCAGCGGAGUGUACGGAGCAACCUUUGUACUAGGUAAGAACACUGUCAAUAAUCGUUUACACCUUCAAAUGUAUUUAAAUAGCUUCAAAUAAUACAAAAUAAAAUAUAUAAUCGAGAUAUCGUGGUAUCGGAGCCACCCGUCUCGCCGCCGGAAUUUUUUUUUUUAAUUCUUUUAAGUCAUUUUUAAAUCGUUUAUUAUUAUUAAAUACUAAUAUAACUGUAUUCAGUUAUGUAAACAUUUAUCUCUUAAACAGUAGUCAGUACCAAUGUUGGUAUUACCACGAAUAUACAAUUUUUUGAAAAAUAUUCUGUAUUUGAGUCUAUAUUUAAAUGGAGGAUUCUUGUUUGAAGUAUACUAAGUAUAUAUGUAUAUAAUCAUUUAAUGUAAUUUAAAAUAGUAUUGAAAUAAUAGAGCUUAAACGAUUUAAUAAUGAUUGAAAAAACUAAAAUCAAAUUCAUUUAAAAUCUUCCGAGAAUAUCGCUAGUUCGUAAUUAAUGCAUCAUCACCUUGUAUAAUAUAAAAUAUUUGUGUUAAAUUAAUGUCUGGCGGAUAAACGGUGGCGAGACAGUCAGCGGAGAGACGAUUACGGCGAAAUGUCCUAGAUAGACCCAGGAGCGUAUCGAGGCGCAUAUUAUUGGGUGGUCACUAGUCAAAGUUGGCGGUUUGGCCAACUGGAAAAAAUAUUAUUCCAAGACAACUUGUUUUCAUUAACUUGUCGAAGCCAUUUUAUCAUUAGACUGUUAAAUAUGUCAUUAUAUAAGUAAAUAAUAAAUUCAAUUUAUAAUACUAAUUAUGAAAACAAUUUUCAACCAAUGUGCUAAGAAUUAUAAAAAUGUGCAAUUAAAGGGUAAAUAAUAAAAUAUAGAUUUGACUAAAUGUAAUUUAAUAUACUAAUAGAUAGCCUUAGAAAAGUAUUAAUUUAGAUCUACGAUAAACUUCAAAGUAUAUAGUCGAUGUAUUAUAUUUAUUUAUCAUAAUAUUUAUUGUUUUUUCUAUCUUAGGUUUGGAAUUGGUCAGUCCGAAAGCACGAGUUACGGCCAGCACGAUAAUGGGCUGUUUUUACCCAAUGGGAGCUGUCAUUAUGGGUUUUGUCGCUUACAUGGUUCUCGACUGGAAGAUAAUGCUUAGGAUAGUCUACUUGCCGGGCCUACUGAUAUUAGGAUAUACUUGGUAAGUCUUCUUUUUUUAUAUAAUAGCCGUAUUCUGCACGUGUGUAAUAUCAUUUUUGUGUUAUUAAACUCAAUAAUAAAUUUACGAUUUCUGUUUUAAUGUAUGCAAUCGCAGGUACGUACCGGAAUCAAUGCGGUGGCUUCAGACACAAAAUCGAAUCGAAGAGAUGACCAAAAUAUUGUCAAAAGUCGCCAAAUCGAACGGGAAAGCAUUACCGCCCUCCGUCAGAGAAGCGCUGGCUUCCAAUCCUAGUAUCAACAAUAAUUUGGUACCUAAUUACCUAAUAUAUUUCUGAUACUAUCUAGAUUGUAAAACGUAAAUCAAUAUUAUAAUACCUACUGAUGACGUUUCAGGUUAACGAAAAUAAAUUAUCUUUUAGUAAAUUAAUGGAAAAAAUAUUCGAUUCUAAGGAAAUUUUCUUGCGGCUGAUCAACUGUUCGUUUUGCUGGUUAGUGCACAUAAUAUAUAUUAUAGCAUACCUAAUAACAUUAUACUUGAAUAUUUUACUAGAAAAUCAACAACCGCCGUAUCGUGUCAUUAUAUAUAAUUUAUUAAACACGCAUAUGAUUUUUGCAGGGUUUCCAUCACGUCAGUCUAUUACGGUCUCUCUUUGGCAUCAAUAGAAUUCUACGGUAACAGACAUCUGAACUUUAUGCUUGUAAACGCUAUUGAAGUACCGGCGUUUUUAACAUCGUGGUACUUUAUGGAACACUUUCCCCGACGAUAUACACAAGCGGGAUCGUUUUUGUUGAGCGGAAUCUGUUGCAUUUCAACAGUCAACAUAAUUCCCGACGGUAAAUUAUUACGUGAAACGUCCAGUAUGUGUUAGUUUUUCGUUUUUGUUCUGACAAAGACGAAAUGAACGUUUAUGUAUUUUAAAGGUUUUUUUUUUUAACGCAAAACACUCGCAUUAUUAUAUAUAUUAUUAUAAGAAUAAUGAUACAUUUUAACGAAAUUUAAGAUUGGUACUCUGUUCCCUAUUUCCUCGCUACCUGCAACGUUAUGUUUUUUUCGGAAACACAUGAAUUGCGUCCCAUAAAAAAAGAUGUACACGAAUUGUGUCCGAAUAGAUUUGGAUCGUAGUUCACGUAUUUUAAUCAGAGGUUAUUAUACAUUUAAUAAUUGAAUAAAUAAUAAAUAUUAAUUUGUUAAUUUAAUAUAUGAUAUAAAAAAACAAACGGUCAUCUUUCACACGAUGGAUGGGCCACUGUUGUAGAUGAUAAGUUGGGAAGAUAGUGAGGAAAUUUAAUGUAUAUCUAUACGCAAAGAUUAAUCAUUGCUAACGAAAAACGAUUCUAAGUGGUAUUCGGUUAUAUAUGUUUUGAAAGGCCGUAAUAUUUACAAUUUUAAAAUAAUAUAUUUCAAAUAUUUUCCCGUUUUUCCUACGUUUUUUCUCGAUUUUCCCAUUUAUUAUAAAAACCCCUGGGAAAAUCAAAAAUUACCUUCUUAGAGUACUACGCCAGUCCAAUUUUCUUUUAGAAAAAAAGCUACACAUGAAAACCGGAGCAAAAUUUAGUAGAAAAGUUGUUCACAGAAAAAAAAAAUAACAAUAAUCAUAAUCAUCGUAAAAUCAAUACAUUUCUCGCUCCGCUCAGAAUCUAAAAUAUAUAAUAUGUUAAAUCGAAUCUACAAACUAUUAAAAAAGCACUUCCUCCCAUAGUAUAUGGUGUGUAGGCAUUAUUUUAUAUUUAUUACAUUGUACCUUAAUUAUCAACCAGGAAUUGGGAACAAAAUCCAUCCAUGUUUAUCGUAAUGUUUAAUUUUACGUAACAAUGAGUGUAUCAAGGAAUAUCUGAGUGCAUUGCAAUAACAUUUCAACGUAUUAAAUCUCCGCGGCAUAACCUACAUGUACAUAUAGUACCUCACAACAAAAUAUCAGAGCUCACGAUCACCUUAUAAAUACACUAUGGAGUAAGAGUACCCCUGAAAAAAAAAAAAAUAAUUUUAAUACCUGAUCAUAGGCAUAUCAUUAAGUAUAAUAUCUUCAUAAUACGUCUAUAUACCCGCCCAAUGGGAUGCAAUUUGAGUAUAAAACCUUCCGUAUUCCACAUUCAAAAAAAAAAAAAAAAAACACUGCAAUACAUUGUACAUAUCGUUAUGAGUGUUAUGGCGUUACGAUAAAAUAAUACCUAUUCGAUUUUCAGAAUAUGCAUGGAUACGUUUGAUAUUGUUCUUGGGCAGCAAGUUUGCAAUAACUAUGUCGUUUAAUACCAUAUACGUGUUUACCGCCGAGAUGUUUCCGACUGAACUGCGAAUGUCUUUGUUCGGCAUUGCUUCAAUGUUCGGCCGGUUGGGUUCCAUGAUCGCUCCGCAGAUAAUAUUUUUGGUGAGUAAAAUAUCAAUUUUUUUUUUCAAACUAUGAUCCAAAUAAAAUUCUGUGUCGUAGGCGACCAUUUUUGGGAAAAAGAACGUGCCGAUCGUGUUGUUUGGAUGCAUAUCAUUCGUAGCCGGUGGGUUGGCUUUCUUGUUCCCGGAGACGAAAAAUCAAAAAUUGCCCGACACGAUAAAACAGGCUGAAUUUAUUAAUCCAUAA